CAGGGAUUCUGGGAGUCAGACAUUUUCUCAGUGCUGUGGAUUGUAUUCUAUUAAGAGACGUCGGUAGAUGAUCUGUAAGGUGAGUACAAAUAUAUUGAUCCAGUUAUCGCCUCUCUGGUUUCAUGUAGACCACCCCGAUAUCUGUAAUGACAUCUGACAGACUUCCCACCAUGUCUGCUAUUGCACAAUGGGACCAUGGGGACUGGAUUUAAGGGGGAGAGGGAGGGGGUGCUAACCAGGGUUUGGGAAGAAAGCACAAAGAGGGUUCCUGGAUUGGAAUAUUGUAUAUCGAUAAAAUAAUCCGGGCCGUGAGUCAUGCGUCCUAAUUGGAGGAUUAGUAUUUCUUAGUGUCUGGAUGAGUGGGACAUGCAAGUGGGGCUGUAAUGUAGAUUUAUACAAAAAAACACAAAAACAUUUGUCAUAGAUAAAGUAUAAUCUGUGUAGGUUUAGGUGCUCAUUUCCCCCAUUUCAUAAGAUCUGGGUGCAUGUGACUUUAGGACUGAAUAUUGAGCAAUAUUUCACAUAACUCCUGCAUGACCGUGCCUGUCUUUAGAUAGAUUUCGUAUUUGCUGUUGAACAUACUCUGUUCUGGAAAGCACUUUACCAUAUGUUCUACAUUUCUAAAACAACCACCUGCUGGCUGACGAGACUUGUACAUUCACGAACGUGUGUGUAGACUGUAGAGACAAGUUUGCCUACAUCUUAGAUUGUGUCAUUUAUCUUAUCUUGUUUCAUUGCCAAACCUUAGAUCAAGUACAAUAUGCUAGAAUACUAUAAAAUCAGAAUACAAUAUGCUAGAAUUGAAAAUACAUUUUCAUAAAAACCAUAAAUUCUCAAUCAUCCAGUUAGUUAAAGUAAGUGGACAGUGUAUGUGACCAGAUAUUACCAUGUUUGAAGAUUUUGCUUGAAGAUCCUCAAGUUAUGGACAAUACAGAAUAGAUAACACAGUGCCACAUGUAAAUUUCAGAUGUACAGAAAAAUCACCUGAUUCAAAAAUAUAUGUUAAAAUCAUAGAAUUCAAAUGUGAUUACUUUAAUUGACUCGAAAGUAUGUACUUUGUACCAGAGAGUGUGGUGCCAUUAUUAUCCUCAUAUGCGAUUUUAUGUUCCUUCUUGGUUCUUUCACUAUAUAGGGUUUCUAGCUACAAUUAAAAUAUAAAACUGGCAAAUUUACCUUUUGUAUUAAGCUUAUCCAAGUCAUCUAAAUAAAGUAGUUAUAGUGCCUACAGAAGUUCCCCAAAUGAAUGUAUUUUACUAAUUAGAAGGCUUGGAAGUGUGACUUCAAGCCAUGCCUCCAAGUAGGAGAGACAAAACUGUUACAUCCCAGCUCUCACACUAGCAUACCAUCUGCCAUAAUGAUUCAUUGUGAGCAGUGAUACUCUCUUGCAGAAUCAUAGCCGCAUCGUGGUAAGCACCACUCAUGCUCCUAUGGUCCACACUGCUCUUCUACGAAGAGCAUUGGAUUGGACCAUUAAACUGGUGGCAUACCUCAAAGUUGACAUCAGGCGCUGGUGAGAAAUCUUAUUUUUUUUUUUAGUUACAUUUUCUUUUAAAAAUGCAUGUGAUGAGAAGGACGGAUAACAGAAAGUUCAGAAAUAUGGUACAAAAUAUAUCACUGAGCUGCACGAGGAUAAUAAAUAUUUUCCAAUGAGGGAAGACAAAAGUCAACCUUUCAAAGUACAAGAAUCCUUAAAAUAUACUCUAAUACAGGUCUCAAAAUCUACCCAUUGGCAAGUGAAUAUUUAGCCCUGGGGAGUAGACAGUCACCCCUGGUUGAUUACACCAUGUAACUUCCAGGCUUUCAGUGGUAAGUAACUUAAGUAGCCUUGGCUAGUAGCAUAGGGCUUGAAAUUCUAAGCCCUGCAAGCGCUUAGAGCACCAUGCACCGACUUUCAGCUCUUGAAGUGGUCAAAAACUUGUGCAAUUUAGAGGAAUUGCUGUCCAACAGAGCUGUCAUUCAAGUAGCCCAAAACAAGCGUUCAAGGUUUCUUGUGUUCUUUUUGUCCAAGUUGUGUGUGUGUGUAGUGCCUGCACAUUACUCUCUGUUUUGCAUUUUUCAAUGAUUGACAUGUUGGUUUUACAUUUCAAGAAUUGCAUUAUAAAAUGUAACUGAUCAGAAUUACAUAACUAAAUCUUUAUUUUAUUAUUAUUGGCAUUUAUAUAGUGACAACUUACAAUAGCUGCUCGUUUGCUGUUGACAAGCCCUGUAACUAUAUUUCAGGUCAAUUGUACUUGCCAUAACUGCUGCCUUCAUUGUGCUUAUCUUACUGACCCAAUAGUCCAUUGAUUAGCACAGAAUUUUGUGCUUGAAAUGUGUUUUGUCAGGCUCUCUGGGGAAAUGUCCUUGAACUGAAUCAAUAAAUAUAUGAAUCUGUUGUACUGAUUAAAUAAAUCAGCAGUAGCAGACCUUGUAGUCGCACUGCUGCAAUAGCACACUGCCAGCAUUAUUGUGUACCCCUAUGUGUUACUUUGUAUUUUUAUAUAACGUGCUAGCCCCUCCCAUCGCUCUCUGGCAGCAGCAGGAAGUGGUUUCCUAUCUGCGAACCACUGAACACGUGACGCAAUCGUCCUCUCUGAGCGAGAACCAGGAAGUGCGACGCAUUGCGCACCGGAGGCUCAUGGGAAACGGGAAGCAAAUAAACCAACAACAAUGCACCGCGGUCUCCCAGGCUCCCCAUGCCUGCGUGGCGCGUCGGGGAAAUGGGCGGAGCCGAGCGAUCAAGGAAGCCGCCUGCCUCUUGUGUGCGUUGCUAUGGAUACCGCCUAAAAUAGCCGGGGCCAUUUUGCAUUGCUGGCUGUCAUCUGUAACGGUUUUCUGCAACCUUCAACAAUAAACUGCCGUGAUAAGAGAGCAGCAAGUCCUCAAUGCAUUGCACUGAAUGGCAGUGACCUAAUGUACAGCGUGGUGCUGUGUAGGCAGGUGGUUGUGUGCAAUAUUAUUAUUAUUAUUAUUAUUAUUACUGGUAUUUAUAUAGCGCCAGCUUAUUAAACAGCGCUUUCAUGAAACUGCCUCAAAAUACAUACGUAGUAUGUAUGUGCAGGCUGUGCAUCACGCUCGAUAAUGUUGCAUUUUGCUGGUUUAAUCACCUUAAUCUUCAAGUCAGGAUAUGACACCGAUUUUAAAAGAGCUGACCCCAUGGAAGACUGUGUGUACUACGUUAAUUGUGGCGUGUUUCAGUAAUGAGCUCAAUAGGGCCAGCAAACCUGGUAGAUGUCCGUAACAAACUCAGCAGUGCAGUGUAUAUGUGGAUAACCUGUAGUUAUGAAAGUUUUUUUUUUUUGUUUUUUUCAUGGUUGGAAAGCAGAAAGACCUCCUGUGGGAGGGCCCUUCUACUCUCCUUGGCAAUCAGUUCUUCUGUGCCGAAUAAUUGAUUGACAGGGGAGAGAAACCUAUUUCUAAAUAUUUGUAUUUCUCCCGAUCUAUAUAUUUGAUUGCACAAUGUAUAGAUGACAUUUCAUGCUUUUUAAAAUGUAGUUGGAGUAGGAGAGGGGGUGACAGCUUUCAUUACAAAAUAAUAAAUUAUAUUUUUUAAUGUACUAGGAGCCAGCUCAGUGAUAACACAUGUAGUAUAAGAAGUCAAAGACAUUGGUUGUCUGGAAAGAAAACAAACCAACUUUCAUUGGAAUGUACAAAAAGAAGUCACAGAGGACUUAGACUUAAAGGGACGCUAUAGUCACCAGAACAACUACAGCCUAUUAACACCUUUAGUGGCAGUCACUGGCGUGAGACACUGAACGCCUCUCAUAGAGAUACAUUGAUUUGAUGCAUUUCUGUGAGGAGAUGCUGAUUGUGCACAAUAGCCUCCCAGUGCUUUCCUAUGUGAAAGCAUUGGAUUGGCUGAGAUCACCAAAAUUGAUGAUCUCAGCCAUGGAGGCAGAGCCAGUAAGGUAAAGGUAAGUGGCUAAAAAUAACAAUGGGACAACGCCCUUAUGAGAAAACAGCAAGGAAAGGGGGAGUAGAAUAUUUUACAAAGAAAUACAUUAUACACACCCUUUACAUAUAAUGGACACAAGGCGGCAAAAAUAUUAAAGGGUUUUAACUCUUCAGAUGUAAACAUAGCAGUUUCAGAGAAACUUCUCUGUUUACAUUGCAGGGUUAAUCCAACUUCUGGUGGCUGUCUUCCUGACAGCCGCUAGAGGCGCUUCUGCGACGCUGGAUGCGAAAUUUGCAUCCAGCGUGCAGAACUUCCAUAGGAAAGCGUUGAGAAAUGCUUUCCUAUGGACUGUUUGAAUGCGCUCGCGGCUCUUGCCGCGCAUGCGCAUUCUGCUCCACUUGGGAGCUGACGUUGGCGGGGAGGAGAGGUCACCAGUGCCGAGGGAGCCCAGCAUUGGAUAAAGGUAAGUGGCUGAAGGGCUUCAGCGCCACAGGAAGGGGGCCCUGAGGGUGGUGGGGGGUCCUAAGGAUGCUGUAGUGUCAGGAAAACUAAUUUGUUUUCCUGACACUAUAGUGAUCCUUUAAAAGCAAUCAGAGAGGAAAACAAUGUUUCUUUUUCACUUUUUUCUUUUUAAGUGUUUGCCCUGGCCUUAUCUUUUCACAACUGAAUUAUAAUGUGAAAUGCAAAAUUAGUAAAAUAUAUUUUAAAGAAAAUAGCUAUAAAAAAAAAAAAAAAGUUAGCACAAGUUAUAAGUGUUUUUUUUUCUAUAAUUGUGAAUUCGAUGGUGUGAAUUGUAGAGAAGUGAAAGUUCCCCUUUAAGUCCGUUAUGGAUGCAACCACCAAUGCAUUUUGUAACCAAUUCACGUCACAGACCAAGUAGUAAAGGAACACUGUAAGCACCUAAAGCACUUUAGCUUGUUUUUUUUAUUUAAAUUUAUUUUUCAGAAAGCGCAGAUUUCAAUAGAAAUUGACACUUUUGUAAAUGAAAGGACCACUAUAGGCACCCAGACCACUUCAGCUCAUUGAAGUGGUCUGGGUGCCAGGUCCAUCUAGGGUUAACCCUGCAGCUGUAAACAUAGCAGUUUCAGAGAAACUGCUAUGUUUACAUUUGGGGUUAAUCCAAACUCUAGUGGCUGUCUCACUGACAGCCACUAGAAGCUCUUCUCACUUGGGAAAUGCUUUCCUAUGGACAGUUUGAAUGCUCGUGUGGCUCUUGCCGCGCAUUCAGCGCUGACGUCGGGAGGAGGAGAGUUGCCCGGCACUGGAGAAAGGUAAGUGUUUAACCCUUCAGCCCGCUUGAGCCCAGCGGCAGCGGGAGUCGGACCCUGAGGUUGGGGGGGAAGCUAAAGACCCUAUAAUGCCAGGAAAACUAGUUUGUUUUACUGGCACUAUAGUGGUCCUUUAACCUUGUUACACCCCCACCUGUCAAUCAGACAAUUAGUUCUGUUGCUUCCUGGUUUGUUUAGCUCAGUAGCGUUAAACUCAAGAGGCAGCAAUCGCUCAGAGCAAUUGCCUUGCAAAUACUUUUUAUUGUAUUUAAGCAGUGGAAUGUCCCUUUAAACACUCUUUAAAAUACUUUACUUAAGACACAAGUUGGUCUUUGGAGCUAUCAGUAAAUAAUCAAGAGGAUAAAGUAUAAAAAUAUCAGAUCUUUGGUCAAUUCACAUUCUGGUCAUGUUCAUUUCAUUACCUUUUAUGUGUCUUUGAUGAAGUUCUUUAAAAAAAAAAAUUAGUGUAUGUAGUUUUACUAAUAACUAUAAUUACAGAAUGUAGUGUUUUAAAAUUAGCAUUAUGCAAGUAAUUUUUUGUUUUUCUCUGUCCAUUAGUAUUACAUCAUAUGUAUGAGUCUCAAAAUGGCAGUUUAUAGAAGAUUAGAAAACCCUGCUUAUAUAUAACUGGUUCCUAAAUCAUCAGCCAUACGCCUAAUAUGCCAGAAUCACCAGACUGUGAUAGGUAAGUAAGUACACUUUCAUUUCUAUCUCCAGAAUUUCAUAUUUCUCUAAAUAGAAAGUUUGAAUCUUACCACAGAUGAUCAUUGUAACAUCCCAUAUUUAAAAGUGGAUGCAUUCUUUUUAAUUAGCAAAGUAGCGAAGUGGAAAAAACAGUACCUUUUUUAUUUUAUGGGUAUAUAUCCUCCUGUUUUAGCACUCUAGUAUUGAUAAAUGUCAAAGCUCAGCAUUUCCUAAAGACAUUCAUAUUGAGCCAGUUUAACUUUUAAAUAGCUGAUUAGAGCAGUGUUAAUGCCACUGCCUUAGAACUGGUAAAUUCUGUUUCAAAACCCAAUCAGACCACUUGCUAGUAAGUGUCUUUGGCAAGACACCUAAUGAUAUAUAUCCAACUACCUGAAAUCCUCAUAGAUUAUAUGCUCUUUUGAGAUUGGCCUUCAAAUAUCCCCAUUCUAUAUUUGUGUGCUAUAUAAGUAAUAAUUAUAUAGAAAACUUACAUUUUAGUUUAUCUAUAGUAGAACUUCUGGAUAUCUUUUAAAGGGACAUUAUAAGGUCAGGAACACAAACACAUAUUCUUCACCCUAUAGUGUUAAAACACCAUAUAUCCCCUCCCCAUAGCCUGAAGGGAAUGGUUAUAUUCACCAGAACAAAUACAAUAAGCUGUAGUUGUUCUGGCGACUAUAGUGUCCCUUUAAAAAGAAUACUAAUCCUAAAUUCACACAUAUAGCGCCCAUGUGAAAAGCAGAAUUUGCUUUGUAAGCAAAAAAAAUUAUAAUUUUGAUAAUUCUGUGGAAAGUGCAACACAUACAAUUCUUUUAAUACAUUCCUGUUGAACCUUACAUAUAUAUGCACUUAAAAUAAAAAAAUCACGUUCACCUAAUAUGUUGCCUACUUACUGUGCGAAUGUGUGUUGUUUUUGUUGUUUAUGCUUUUUUUUUUCUGUAGUUUCAAAACGUUAACUAUGUGUUCCAUUUUUAAUGCAUAUAAUUUGCCUGUAUUACAAAGCUUACAUGUUGAUUUUUCUUUGUUUUUUUAGGCUCCAGCUGCAUGAACACGGUAGGAUAACUGUUAUUUUGUUCAUUUAAAGGGACACUACAUUUGCUACAUUUUUAUUUGUAUUUUUUUCUUUUUUUUUUCCUCUAGAAUAAUUUGUUUUGCUCCUGAACUGCGGUGUUAUAUUACCGAAAAUACUGUUGAACAUCUGCCAUAUACAUACACCUUUGGUCAGGCAGUGUUUGAAAACAGACCGUUAGUCUCUAUAGUCUUCCCUGCUUCUGAGCAGGGAGUGAAGCAGGAAAGACCAGAGAGACUGUCUGUUUUCAAACUCUGUCUGACCAAAGGUGUAUGUAUAUGGCUGAAGGAUCCUGUCAUAUACUGAAGGUAGAGAUGAGAUUUUCUCUCACCUCCCCCACCCCUAUAUACUUCAUUUAAAACAAACAAAAAUCUAUUUAUUUUUAAAAUGUGAUGAUAUUAUUAUUAUUAUAAAAAAGUUUUUUUGUUGAGAUGACAGUUGUCCUUUAAAGGGACACUACAACACUAUAGUGGCCAGUUAGGUGACAUUGCCCCCACUGCAAGGGUUAAACAGGUGAGUUUAACUUACCAUUUCUCCAUUGCAGCUCUGGUCUCUGGCGUGCCGCUUCAAUUCUUUGGUUGGUCAAUCAAGAUUUUAUUAGUGGAGUUUUACUCCACUAUAUCAGGGAAAGAGCCUCUAGUGACUGUCAGUGUGACAGCCACUAGAGACAAGUUAACCCUGCAACGACAACAUUGCCAUUUCAUCAUUGCAUCUUCACUGAGAUGCAGUGGUCUAGGUGCUAUAGUGUUCCUUUUAUAUAAAUUGAGUCACUUUUUGGGGAGAGCUCACUGCAGAAGCUGUACGAUCUUGGAUAUAUAUAUAUAUCCCAUACAACAUUGACAACAAACCCCUCUAGACUGUAAGCUCGUCUUGAACUGGGUCCUCUUCAAUCUAUUGUUCCUGCAAGUUUUUGUAAUUGUCUCAUUUAUUGUUAAAUCUCCCCCUCCUAUAAUAUUGUAAAGCGCUACGGAAUUUGUUGGCGCUAUAUAAAUGCCAAUAACUAAUUAUACACCCACACGGAAGUUACAUACACUCAUCCCAGACUGGGAUGCGACUCACUAUGAGAACGCCAGGUCGUUGCAAAACAAUUAGUAAUAUAAUGUAAUAGUCUGCACUCACGGUCUCUGUUUAAAACGUAGCGUUUAUUCGUUCUUGGUUAAAAUGCUGUCCUGAGGAAAGUCCCACGCUGGCACUGAAACGUCGACCUGUUUUGGCAUCACUGUAUGCACUUCAACGUGCACAUUUUAACCACGAAGGAAUUAACGCUGUUUUAAACAGAGACCGUGAGUGCAGACUAUUACAUUCUAUUACUAUUCUAUUAUUCACAUGGCUACAUGUAGUAGUUGGUACUACAAAAUGUAGCCUGAAGAACACCAAAGAAGUUGGACUGCACUGUUUUAAAUAAUGUCAGUGUUUUAAAAUAAAUCUGUUUUGUUAUACAUGCACUCUUAUUUGAAUUUUCUUCUUUAGCUAUUUACAAUGUUUGGAAGGGACAGUUGUAUGUGCAUGACCAACUGAUAUGUGACUUGGCUUUCCAGUCUCCUUUCAAUUGCUGUAUUCCAUCUCAACUGUAAGUAUUUGCAAUAGGUACUUGCUAAAUUUGAAUGCUUAUAUAGUUCUCACCAAUUUAAAAAAAAUUGUAACAUAAAACAGUCAUUUGUAACUAAGCAUUGUUGGUGUUAGCCUCCAUAGAAAUUGUCUCACAGUGAGCUAGAAAAUGCCUUAUUCCCCCAGCUUUUUCUAGCGACAUGUUUAGUGAAGGAAAAAUAUAUAAGGCAUAGUAGUCCCUACUUUGCCUUAUAUAUUUUGGGAGAAAAUUGUCAAAAAAAGAACAGAUUAGUGAGAAAGAGAAGAGCAACAGAUUGAAGCAAGGUAAGUAUAGGAUCACAGACAGGGCCAGAUUAAGAGCCCAGUGGGCCUGGUUCUGACAAUUAGGAUGGGCCUAAUUACAGAAUCUUAUCAACCAAAAACACUAAAACUUUCAUACCUACUAAUUGUCAUGUAUCUGGCGGAAGUGGUGCUGAAGGGAAACUCAUAGGGUGCAGCUAUGAGAAAACAGACACUAUAUGCUAAUCUCUCUCUAAUUAAUGCUUUCAUCGUUCAAGUAAAUCCAUACCCUAUCAGCAGUGUCUAGUGAAGCAGGCAGUCAAUGGACGGGGUAAAAGGGUGGGCCACUGAGGCAAAUCAUGUAAUCAGAACUGCCGAAAGAGAUGAACAUGUCUUAAAUGUCUUUUAUGUAUCACAGUGUCCCAAUGUAUGACAAUGUCUCAGUGCCCCAUGUCUCCCAGUGUCACUUGGACACUAGGGGAAACUUAAGAGACAUGGGAACACUGUGAGACAUUGGGACACUAGGGGACACCGAGACAUAGGGACACUGGGAGACAUACGGACACUGAGACAUAGGGACACUGGGAGACAUGCGGACACUGAGACAAUAGGGACACUGAGAGAUAGGGGACAUUGGGAGACAUGGGGAGACAAACGCUAGGGACACAGUGUCUCAGUGUCCCCAAGUGCCUAGUGUCUCACAGCAUCCCCUAGUGUUUCAGUGUCCCCUGAUCUUCCAGUGUCCCCAGGUCUCUCAGUGUUCCCAGGUCACCUGUUGUCCCAUUGUGUCUCACAGUGUCCCCAUGUCUCCCUGCAGCCUUUACCCCAUCCCUCACUUCCCUGAGCUGUAGGCUGUCUCUGCAGGCUGGGAGCUGCUGUCUGGACUCUCUGUGCUGUGUAGCUGUUCCCCCGCGUAUCAGUGAGUAGAGAGUGGCAGGGAGGGAUAUGCUGUAACUUCCUACACCCACCUCUCUCCACACACCGUGACCCCUACUGGCCAGCGCAGGUAUUGCAGAGUAUUCUCUGUUUAUACAUAGAAAUAUGCCAGCAUUUGUAUUGCUGGUUUUACUGCAAUACUGGCACUGGCCAGGCAGCCUCAUUUACCAUAAAAUACCAGCCACCAAAAACUUUUUGGGAUUACAUGGGCCUUCAGCUGCAGCUCCAUAAGCCCCUAUGUUAAUCUGGCCCUGGUCACAGAGCUGCUAUAGACAGCCGGCAGAUUCAUAGGAUACAGCGGCACGAAACAUUCCAGAUUUGUGCAAAGUGUCAUACAGUAUUUCAUCAGGAAUUGGUUAGCUGCCAGUACUCUUAGAAAGUAUUUCAGCUCUCAGAUGUAUCAUUCCUUCAUACAGUUGUAUUACACAUUUUACUUUUCUGCAUAUACAGAUCAGAGAAGCUUGUAAUUAAAGAAGUAAUUCAAUUACCUGAGCUGAUAAAAGCAUUACCAGAUGACAUAUUUGAGAAGACCAGUUUGAUUGGGCAAGAAGGUAUUUAAGUUUGUAUUUAUUUAUUUUUUUACUUAAAGUUUUACAUUUGAAACAAUACAAAACGGUACUUACCCAAGCAGAAGGGUUUAAAAAGUCACCCACUAUACAUUAUACUAUAGUUUAUGGCAUUGUAUUAGUAGAGAUGUCCCUCUAUAAAACAGUAAAGAUAUUUUGUGGUUUUUUUUUUAAUGAUAAUUCAGGGUAGAUCUAACAAUGUAAUAUACAUACCAGCUGUAUGUAUUCUUACAUUUAAUUUUCCCACCGUUAUGAUUAUAAUGCCAUUCCCUGCCCUCUCUGGUAGUACAAAUUCACUGGCACCAAUUGCCAAGUGGCUAUCCAGCAGGCUUGUGAUAACUAAUCAACAUAACAUAACUAAAUUCGUUUGGGCCUGUCACAUUACUUCUAGGUCUCUGUUAAGCUCAUUUCAUUUAUAUUGUUUUCAACAACAUUACCUUUAAAAAGCCUAUGGAAUAUGGUAAGCUAAAACAGAUAUUAAACGCAGGAGUGCAUUUUAGUAAAGAGCUAAAACAUAUUGUUUGCUUCAUUUCUUGCUUUUGUGCUGUUUUUCAUGUUGCUUCAUGGUGUUUUUCCUUUUCCUAGUAUGUUGUGAAAGUGUAUACUGCAGCUUUUAUCAAGUGUUGACCUCUAAAAAUGAUGGAAGUCACCUGGGGAGAUUACAACAGUGGAUGCAAGACAAAGAACUGGUAAGAAUAGCACAUUUUGAUGUAACAGAGGAGUGCAAGAAUUUUUCAAUUUGCAUCCCUCCUGUUUAUUAUUUUUUUAUUUUUUUCUGUUAAAAAGCCAGCAUGUCCAAGGCCUCUUAUUUUUUUUUAUUUUUUUUAUGUAACACUCAUAUAAUUUAAUCAAUAGUACAUUCUUUAUUUCAGAAGGAUGUAAGUUAUCAUACAAAUCCUUACUACAUAAUAUAAAGCAGGCAAAUUUUAUAGAGAGAUACAUAAAGUGUUAAAUUGCUGAACAUUUUCCUUGGCGUAUGUUCUGGAUUGGGCUUAGAUAAAAUACAUUAAAAAAAUCUAUAUGUGAAUGCCACAUUUUUAUUUAAAUAAUUGUACAAUACUUAUGGCAGGGUUUCCAAAGUGUGUAUGAUGCUUUUGUGCAAAACACUUAUUGGAAGCGAACGCCUAAUUUUCUCAUCCAAUGGAGUGCAUAGUUGUUACCUUAUCUGUGGCUUUUAAACACCUGAUAGAAGGAACAUUUUAUGAUUUUGUUUUGUGUUCCUGUUGUUGGUCUUCAAAGCCCAUAGUUGUCAGAACCAGACUUGUGUAAACGUGAAUAUGAUGCAUAGUUUAAUUGCAAGUAACACAAUGCUGUUUAGUCAAGCUCAUAUUUUACUAUGUGCGUUAACUCAUAGUUGGCAAACAACUAGAAAUAUAAUCCUAAUAUGCACAUUACCUGAUAUGUGCAGAACUUAAAAGAUUAAUCCAACCAAAAAUUAGUGAUUUAAGAAAACACUGGUUUUGGUAAGAUAAUCGAUUGCUGUACUACCUCCCUAGUCAAAAUGUAAAAAAAAAAUUUAGUUCCAGUGCCGAAACCAAGUUCUCCUCUCCACCCAACCCGUUAUUGCUGAUGUCACUCCCUCUAGCUGACAAUGGAGGGAUGCCAGGUAGGGCAUGGUGAGGGGAGGACACAAGUAACAUAAAGGAAGCUGAGUGCUGCCAUUAGUCACAGCUGUGUAUGUUGACAGACAUCCAAGAUUCACAGAAUUUAUAUUUGAGUUUCCGGCUGCGUAAUGAUACCCAAUGACGAUGGCAGAGGUGAAUUUACACUCCCAGGAGCAGAGGGCUGUAUGUACAGCAUUUCAUAGUGAAACACUUCAUAUACAGACUCCAGACACCAUGCAAACUCUAAAUCAAUGGAGUAACUCAUUAAUAAUGGCUGUGCUAAAUUAGUGUGACUUGGAAUGUUGUUACAGGAUCAUGGUGCCUAGUCCUAACUUUCAAUCCUUGCCUGAAUCUGCUACUGCAUACUUUACUUAUUCAUGCCUGCAGGGUAAUCCAGGAGUCACUGGUACUCUAACACUUCUUGCCUUGCAACCUGAGUUUUUUCAGUGGUACUUCACAACCAUCAGCCAGGCACUGAUGGAGUGACACAACCUCAUAUUUCAACGAUAGGCAAACCUUGAAUUUAUAAGAUGAAGUGGUCUAGGUGCCUAUAUUGUCCCCUAAUCCUGUUACACCCCCUGGCUGCAAUUAGACUGGUUUGGUUAACUCAAGAGGCAGCAAUUACCCAAAGUACCUGCCUUGCAAAGAUUAUCAUUGAGCUGGAUUGGAAAGUCAGUAAUUGGACAGACACAAAAAUUCUGGUCUGGGUUAGAUGGGGAGGGCUUGCAAAGGCUUCAGACAAGAGAUCUGCACCUUUGCAAGCUGUGUCUAGAUAUACCCCAUUGCAUAAAUGCAUAAUUAAAUGCAAGUUUUCAUUCUAUACUAAACAGUGAUUUUUACUUUGUUUCUAUUUAGUGAGGGUGCCGCUUUAAGGUAGUGACAAGGCAGCUAGUUUGGUCUGGUCUGGAAAACCUCUCCAUGAGCAAUAGGGCAAAAACUGGCUGGUAAAACACUGAGAAAGGAGAGGAUACCGAUACAUCCUAACUAAUACUUAAUGGACAUUGAUCACAUCCUAAGUCCAACUACACAAAUUAAAAUUUAGCAACCAUUCUAAACUUCGCCUGACCGGAAUCCACAUUAUCUGGGCUUGGAACCACAGAGGUCGGUUUCAGUUCACCACAGAUGGUCCUUAGUGUUUAGGAAGGAGGCUGACGUAUAAUGUUCUCUGCAAACCCUUCAGUUUUUGUGUAGUUGGUGUGGGGUGAUGUGGUAAUUGCAAUUUAUGGGAGCACAUACAAAAUUGUUCCAUGAUAAUAUUUUUAAACAUUCAUGCAAAAUUAAAUCACCUUACCUGAAACAACUAGUUUCAAUUUUAUUAAAACCACACACUUCAAAUCUCAAUAGAGACCGUGAAAGUUAGAGAACUCCAGACACCAAUGCAACUUCGAUGUACUGUUUUUAAUGCCUCUGGGACUAAAUUACCUUGCACCUCAGCAGUCUGUGCAAAUGCUCUUUGGCUUCCAAGCCAUUAUCUUCAAAUCUCCCAUGCUCCCUCUUGUUUUAAAUCCCCACCAUAACCUUUAUAUUGUAAGCUCAAGAAUUAUUUUGCUUAGUACUCUUUUUUUAUAAAAAGGCUCUAAAUACUAGAUCUCCGCUCAUGGACUUUGUCUUCUAUUCCAUUUAUAUUGGUUUGUCUUUAUAGACACUCCUCACUUACUGACUGGGUUCCGUUCCUGUAGAACGAAUUGGUCGGCAAGUGAGGAGUUAAGGGAUUCCCUGCUCUGGUACGUUCGUCUAUGUUCGGGGAAAGUUCCUCGAACAUAGACAAACGCCCCAGAGCAGGGAACCCCUCUAAUCUGAGGGAUUCCCUGCUCUCGUGCAUUCGUCUAUGUUCGGGGAAGUUUUCCCGAACAUAGACAUGCGCACCAGAGCAGGGAAUACCCACGGCGGCUUGCUCUUACGCCUGGUCUUAAGUGGGAGCCGUCGUAAAACAGGUAGGUAUCCGUCGUGGGGAUUCCCUGCUCUGGUGCGCAUGUCUAUGUUCGGAGAAACUUCCCCGAACAUAGAUUUGAGGGAUUCCCUGCUCUCGUGUGUUUGUCUAUGUUCGGGGGCGUUUCCCCAAACAUAGACAUGCGCACCAGAGCAGGGGAUCCCCACGCAUGGUCGUAAGUGGGAGCCGUCGUAAAACAGGUAGGUCGCUAAAUGAGGACCACCUGUACUGUACUGUCGAUUUCCCUGAUUGUACUGCUCUGUGGAAUAUGUUGGCGCUUUAGAAAUACCAGUAAUAAUAACCAUUACCUGAAUUUUAUAAUCAAAUUUGCUUAAUUUUUGCAAAUGAAAAAAAAUUUGCAGCAUUUUGCAUUUUCACCAUACAUCCAAUUUAAAAUACCUUCUUUCAUAUGCGUAUGAUACAACUCUAUUUCUGUCUGUACAUUCCUGUAACGUGUCUCCAAUAAUACAGUUAUUCAUCUAUUCAGGAAGCACAGUAAAGGUUUCUGUGACUUGUUGUUCAGUGGACAAUGGUGUUUGGAUGACCGCCAUGGGAAAUUAUUGUUGAUGCAUCAAUUUCAAAUAUAAGCUUUUUAUUUUAUUUUUUGCAUAUAUACAUAUUCAUGUGUAUCUUUUUAAACAAAUACUCCAAGCUCCAAAGCAGUUAUAGCCCACUGCAAUGGGUAUGUUGCCAGGAGUGCCAUGGUGCCAUAUCGGUGUAAUUUGUCAAAUAUGUCACACACUUAUUGGCUCAGAGAUCUCAACCACGAAGACAGGUCCUGUAUUGGCCGUGCUUAAAAGAACACUAUAGCAUUCGGAAUACAAAGCUGUAUUCCUCUAAAUUUCUUUAAAUCACGCUGAAAUAAUUAUGAUGAUUAGAAUAUUCCUUUAAUUUCAAAUUCUUGACUUCUUAAUUCCAAAAUGCAGUGUCCCAUUAUGAGUAUUUUAAAGACAUGUCGUUGUUGUUUUUAUUGAAUACUAUUUCCUACUUUUUAUUUCCUUGCAUUUUUAAGGUUUGUGUCUUUAAAUUCACAAUCCUAAUGGGGAUAUUUCACAACAUGUGAAGUGAUUUGUCUGUCUUAAAAUUAAAUUACCUUCUGUACAAAUAAUGCAUGCAGUGGAUAUAGAACUAGCUUUACAACUGUUGUUACAAUUAUUGUACAAAGAAAGGAAAAAAGAAAACUUGCUGAUCAAUUUGAUGUAAUAUGUAAACUCUUACCUCUUCAGAUGUGUUUGUGUAGUCUCUCAGUUUGACGGUGUGAUCUUGAUAGUUGCAUCGAUCGUUGCAUCAGUUGUCAUUUUUAGAUUUUAGUGCAGCUCAGGGUCAAAUGUUUUUUUUUAUGAUAUCCAAAAAUCCACAAUAAGAAUGGAAUUAACUAGUUCAUGAGCUGUGAAGUAUGAGCAACAACUCAUUUCUGAAUCUUCAUCCAUUUCUACACAACCCUGCUUUUAUUCUAUUCAUGUGGACUUUGCUUCCACUUUCCAUUUUAAACAGAAAGUGAAACCUAAUGUUUUUUGCACUCCGCUCUGUACUUUUACAUUUUUUGUUGUUGACUAUCUUGCAAAUGAGUUUCUUUUACUGGUAUCUUGUUUGUUUAGUAAAUAUGGUAUCUAAAUAGAUUUUUUUUAAAAAAUAUAUCAUUUUAUUUUUUCAAGAAGCUUUGGUAUAUGUUUUCAUUUAUUUUUAAAAAUUGUUUUAAAUUUAAUUAUUUUCAUGCCAGCAACAGUAUCAGAGAUUUCUUAUUUAAUUACAGCUAAUAUGGAAUGAAAUUACACUACAUCCUAAAGCCUUGUACAGGUUUCUCUCCAUACUGUUGCUGCUCAUGCAUACUUCACACCAGGCAGAUAUUUACACUUUCAUUUGGGAAGGCAGAAGGAGCAGGUUUUCUAAGUCCUUAUUGCGCAAUUUAAAAAGGGGUGGGGUGCUUAGCAGUUGCACACUCGCGUAUCUACCAUAAGGCAGCCUAAUUUGCUAUGCUAUCCUAGAUAAAUUUGACUACCAACAAGACCUGAUGGAUGUCCUCGUAAUAGGCGAUAAGCCAUACUGGACUAUUACCCACCCUCUUGUGGCACCCUAAGCCUCGUAAGCCCAAUACUGCAGCACUCAGGUUUAUAGGUGCUCUCUCCACAGAGUGUAGCAGACUACAUUCUCUUUUUCAUAAUCUAGAUAUCACAGAGGGGGCUUUUCCGAAGUCCCAAGGGACUUGCCAAUGUCCACCACAUGGUGGCGCAGGUCUCGUUUGUCACUAUAGCACACCUGGUGGAGAAAUUUAAACUUCCAUUUUUGCUGGCUACUUUGUGCAGUAGUUGUACAGGCCUUUUAUUUCAUUAUCUUACCCAGACAGAGAGCACAAUACUUACAAAUGGGAGGCUGAUCUGGGCAACAAACUAGAAAAGGAUGACUUGAUUGCUAUCUUCACUUACACAAUGCAUAUUAAUCAAUUCUGAAUAAGGGAUUUUAUUACAAGGUGCUGGCACGCUGGUAUAUUAAUCUCUUCCAAUUGGCUAGGGCUAACAUUGGCACAGUGUCUACUUGUGUAACUGCACUGUUACCGGUGCUGUCCCAAGAUUAGAUCUUUCUGGGAGUCUCUCCUUUUUUUUUUUUUUGUGUCUUUUGUCCUACCUACAUGCUUUGGUCACAAUCUUAAAGGGACACUAUAGGUAGACAGACACUUCCACUCAUUGAAGUGGUCUGGGUGCAGUAAUUAUUGCAGUUAUUGAGUAACAGCAAUUAUUACCUUGCAGGAUUAACUCCACCUGUAAUGGCUAUCUACCAGACAGCCCCUAGUGGUGCUUAGCAGACUUUUGGUCCCCUAACUGAUGCUGGACUUCCUCACGUUUUGCAUGAGGACAUCCAGCGUCUGCUAAAACUCAAACUCAAAAGUGCUUUCCUCUGAGGAAAUCCUAAUGCGAUCCCAAUGCUUGCCGCACAUGCGCAUUAGAUCCCCUUCACCAGCUGAUGUCUGCAAAGCGACAUCGACGCUGGCAUCAGGUAAGUGACAAAGGUUGGGCCAGAGCUGCAUAAACAGAGUGGUUUAACUCUUAAAUGGCAUAGAAUUGAGCAGUGAGACUGCAAGGACAUGAUUUAUACAUCUAUAUCACUUCAUUAAAGGGUCACUAUAGGCACCCAGACCACUUAAGCUAAUUGAAGUAGCCUGGGUACAGUGUCCCUAUUAAUGUCUAUCGGAUGAUGUUGGAGGAGGCAGGGCAUUGAAGGGUUUUAACCCUUUAUCGGGAGGGGGCCCGAGGGAGGGGUGAGGCAGAGGUAACUAUAGUGUUAAAAAUACAGCUCCGUGUUCCUAACACUAUAGUUUCCCUUUUAGUUAAAGUCAUUUUAGUGCUCAGAGUGUACCUUUUUAAAGUGUCAUCUGUCAACAGUCUUGCUCCUUUCUUGAGGGUCAUGGGUUAUACCAUUAUUUAGAAAUGUAAACUCUGUACAUUACAGGAAAUGGCCAGCAGCAAAAUUUAGGUCAAAAUAAUACAGUUGGGGGAAGAAUAUCAGAUUGCUCUUUGAAACCGUUAUGACCUAUAGUUCAUGUAAAGCCUUAAUAGAUCUAAUCAUGUAAUGAACAAGAAGGUGGAUGCCUUUAAGACCAAUAUGGGAAUUGACAAAGAGUUGACAGCAGUUCAAAUUUCAGACACGCUUUAAGAUUUCAGUAGCCACAACAGUGAGAUAUGGCUUGGCAAAGUGUCGCAUUCCUUAAUAUGUAUGAUGUUUACUUCUGUACAUAUCAAAACAACAUCCUGCAGAAGUAGGCCAAGCGUACUCCUUGGCAUUACAGGGAAUCUAUAAACUGACUGUUGCAUAAGGUUAGUGGUAGUUAUAUAAUGUUAAGUAUUCCAUACUGACCAAUGAUGCUUGUUUUCAGUUGGUUAAUGUGAUAACAUUCAGAAUCAGAGAAGGACACUGACCGUGAAAGUAACAUAACUUUUCAAAACCUUUUGACUAGCAUAUCCCAGGAUGCCAAAUAUAUGACAUACUGCUUUAGCUAACCACAAUAGCUUUAGCUAACUACAAUGAGCCACCCAUAUCAGUUUGUGAGUGUUCAGAACUAUCAAGAACUUGUCCUACAAUAAUUAGAAUGCUAAAUGUUACAUAUGGUUUUAUUUUGUGAGAACAAAUACAAUAAGAAAACCAAAUGUAAUAUUUUAAUGGCUUUUUAUCUUAUUUUACUCUGAGAAAUCAUAAUUAAUGUUUGUAAUUAUCUACUUGUAGGCAUUAGUCACGUUUUUGAAUGACCAGGGCGUUCUUAUUUUGUUGCCGUCCUCAGUAAUUCAGCCCAACAAAGGUAACUAAAGGAUUUGUAUUUAAAAAAAUAAAUAAAAAUUGUUUCCUGUUGUGAUGUGUGUAAUUAAACUCUUAUUUUUGUUUUGAACAGAAUUGACACAGGAUGAUUCCUCUCGUUUUAUUGUCCUAUUUGUAUUCCCUCAUACGAAGAUAGUAGGAGAAAUAGGUAAAAAGAUUAAAAUUGUCACCAUUUAUUUUGUGUAUAUACACAUUAUAUAACUCUAGCAUGUAAGCUCAUCGAGCAGGGUCCUCCACCCCCUCUGUUCCUGUACGUCAGUGGUCUGAUAUCAAUUAUGUGUCUGUUAGUCCACCCAUUGUACAGCGCUACGGAAUUUGUUGGCGCUAUAUAAAUAAUAUAAUAAUAAAAAAAAUGUAGUAAAUGAGAUGAGAUGCACUUAUUUUCUCCCAAGACGAUUGUUGCAUACCAGGAUAUACAUGAAUAAUCUGUCAAAAAUAAAAAAAUUACAAAAUAUUCAACUGCACCUGCACUGAGUGGGCACUAUAAAGGUAAAUUUAACUUUUGAAACACAUAAUAAAAGACCCAACCAGUGUUAUCCAACAUAAAUUUCACAACAUCAUUAAAGGAACACUACUGGAUGAGGAAUACAAAUGUGCAUUCCUGACCCUAUAGUGUUACAAACACUAUUCACUAUGGGAAAGCAUUGGAUUGGCUGAGGGGCAACACUGAUGAUCUCAGCCAAGGAGGUGGGACGGGGGACAGAGCCAAGUGCAGCGCAGCGCUGGCAAAUCAGCAUUUCAUCGUAGAGAUGCAUUGAGUCAAUGCAUCUCUAUGAUUAAUGUUCAGUGUCUCCAGCCUGAAGACACUGAACAUCAGUGCAGCACUGACCCAGAAAGCACCUCUAGUGGCCAAUUGAGUAACUCCCACUUGAGGUGUUUCUCUGAAAGGCAGUGUUCACGUGAAAAUGCUGCAGGGACGGACUCUAGUCACCAGAACAACUACAACUUAAUGUAGUUGUUGUGGUGAGUAUAGUGUCCCUUUAAAUAGACCACAUUUGCUUGAUGUGUUGAACAUGACCAUUAGGACAUAUGUAAGGUGCUCAGACUGAUUUGAAAAUGGCAUAUUAUGUUUAAGAAAGAUCAUGUGAGUCGCUUCCUCUCAAUGUCACUUAAAUGCCAAAAUGAGGCUAAUAAUGUCAGAAUGAACCUGUUAAGCCUCCCUGCUCUCCGGCUAUCAGGUUAUCUAUACCUUUGUUUUCCUUCGAAGCCCAGUAGAAUUGUCUUGUUUACGCUAUGGCCAGUAUGGGACGUCAAGUAGGGAAGUAUCUGGAUGUAAAUAUAUUUUACACACUUGCUCUUUUUUUUUUUAUGCGUAUAGAUAUAUUAUAUACUUUUUUGCAUGCUUGUUUAUAUGUCUAAUGUUAAAGAAUAUAAUUUUAUAUGGAGGUUAAUAAAAGGUUCAUGUUUAAAAACGAUCAAUCGUAGUGACUUCCUUUCAUUUUGCUUUUAUGUUUGGGACAAGUCCAGUUAUUUAAAAUAUACAGCAAUUAUAUUUAUAUUUAAAUACAAUAAGUUCUGAAUUACUAAAGUUAGUAAAACAAAGGCCAAGAUUCUCACGCAAAACGAGGAAUAGAUAGGUGAGAGUAGGAAAAAGAAGAAAUGCUGAGAUGAAAUGCAGGGAAAGGAGAGAAGUGUAAAGACCGAGAUUGACUCAAAAGGUGGACAGGGCAUGUGAGGGGCUAGUAGUCUUCAAAAUGAUAUGGUUGGCCCAUAUGCUUCUGGAGUUUGACAUUCCAAAUCUUCAGGCAAAAAUCUGUGGUGUCAGUGAGCUUAUCUAUAGUGAUUAUGUACUUUUAAUAUGGAUGUGACACAAUUGAGGAUCCAUCCUACUCCAGCCAGCAUAUUAGGUUACAUGUUUGGAAAUAGAUCGCUGAUACUUUUAUUUUAUUAUAAAUGUUUAUAAUGAAUAAAAUAUUUAAUAGACUACCCUGCACUGAAUGUUCACUUCUACAAUGAGAGGAUGCAGUUUUAUAUUAAAAGCAUCUCUUUUGUGCAGAUCAGCAGCAAUUUAACAUUUGUAGUGGUCACUAGAGGAAUCAUUAACUUGUGGGGUAUAAAUUAAUUUUUAAAUGGAUUGGUACUCCUCAUACAAGUAGUGUUAAUUGUCUCUAAAAGGAGCUUGGAUGUAUGAACAAUUCACUUGAUCUUUUUCUUUAGAAAAUACAUAUAUAUGGGUAGGCAUUUGUAGGCCUUUUUUUGCUGGAAUUUGUAUAGCACUAGUAUAAACUUAACAUAACAGACUUCAUAAAAGUAAUACUACUUGUUGAAACAAACUCCAUAUUAUUUUCUAAUGCUUUUACAGAGUAAACAUAACACAGUGAUUAAAGAAAUAUUUUUUUCAUUGCAGAGGCAGAAGAAUGGAAAAGCAAGUUCACAAAGCAAGACAUAUCUUUAAAAGUGACACGUUUAUUGCCAUGUCUUCAGUAUGCCAUCUCGGAAACCAGCAAUUCAGGCAAGGAGAAGGAGCUUUUCCCUGACGCUUUAGUGGAACAGUAUUUGAAAAACUAUGCUGUCCUCCAAAAGAAAAAGGACUCUUCAGAGCUUGGCAUGCAUCUUCUGGACCCUGCACCUGUCUUGCGUGAGGAUCCUUAUGUAAACACAGGAAAGAGUGGUGAGGAAGGCUGCAGUCGUACUGACUUUGCAAAGCUGCAGGCUUACAUUUCAUCCCCAUUUAAUUUCUGUGUAUCUGUGCUAACUGCAUUAACCCUUGUGGCUGAAGAAUCUCCAGACAUGAAUGUGGGUAACGGGUCUAGUAUUAAGGUAACAGGGGUAACUGUGCAUGACUCACAGGCAGCAGAGACUAGACCAGAGUCAAACGCUACACAAGAGCCAAACGGUAAAGUACAUGAAAAGAAAAGCCCUUCAAAAAAAGGCAAAAAGAAAGGAUCAAGGAAAGGCAAAGCUACAAAAAUUCAGAUGUCUUCUCCAUCUCCUGAGAAAAUGGAGGCUAAAUCAGACAUUCAAAGGCACAGUUCACAUUCUGAAGAGCAGACACUGGUCAGUUCUACAAGCAAAACUAUGCUAAAACUUGCCAGCCCUCAGUUAUCGCACAAAAGAAAAAGAGGUUAGUUAACGUAUGUCCGUUUAUCUUUUACCUUCACUGUUGAUAAACUGGUAGGCAAUGCGGUUGACUGAUCAUGAUACUGAGAAUUCUUAUUUGAGAAAAUGUUACAUGGUAAUCUUUCCUUAAAAAAAAUAUUCCAAUCCAUCAAGUUCAACAUUCAUGUCCAUGUCAAUGUUUAAUUCUCCAUAAAUAUCUUUCUUGAUAUUAAAUGCAUGGUGGUUGGUGCUUUGUUAAUAAUAAAUGUAAUGUAGUUUGAGCAUUUGUCCAUGAAUGUGAAUUUUUGUUAAACACUCCUAUAGGAGCUGAAGUGCUGACUGCCGAGUUUGUCCAAGAUAACAAGGUUGAUCUUGACAAGAAAGGAGCUUCAAGUAAGAAGAGAAAGAAGGAGCUUGCAGUCCGUCCCCCUACCAGAAUAAUGCCAGUUAGAAUAAGUAGAAGUGUCGUCCCUCCACAGCAACCUAUUCUUCCUGAUAGACCUCCAAAGCGCAAAGCUUCAGAGCAAGGUGAAAUAUGAAAACAAUGAGUCAUAUUUUUAUUUUUAGUAAAAAUGUAGCACACAGAUACAUUUAAUAAAGCAUAAAAUAUGUAAAAGUUGUAAUUGUCACCUCUAGAUAAUUUAUUCUGUCUCUUCCACUAACGUGUGUUUUUCUUGUUUUGCCUUCAUUUUUUUUUCUUGUUUUCCCUCCUUUUUUUCCCCUUUCAUUCUGGGUCAGAAAAUGUAUGACCCUUUAGCUAGAAUGGUGUAUUUACGUUUUAAAUUUCUUUACAUGUAUUCCUUAGAUAUGUAUAUUAUCUGCCCUGUGGUUGCUUAACAGCUGCACUGUCAUGACCCCCUGUAAAUUGAGUAUUUUAUAAAGAUAGAAUCUUAUAGAUCGAAUACUCCAACUAGUCAAGAGAAAUACAGAGACCAAGAUGGCGGCACCUACUGGGGACGGGUUCAGGUAAGUAAACUCACCUUUACCUGCCCACCUCGGCCACCAGAAUUGUGAAUUUAGCAAAGUCCCCAAACGGUGACAGUGCUGCUUUAAUUCACAUAUUACAUACUGUGUCCUGUGUGCAUGUGUCAUUUUGUUCAGAAAUGCUUUUGAUUUAAUGAUAAAAGGAGGUUUUCUUGAAAGCUCAUCACUACAAAAUUCUGUUAGAAAGCAGUAAGUUUAGAUGUUGUGAUACUUGUAUUAUAUCUUAAAGCGGCACUGUCAUGCCAAACUUACCUUUCUUUAAUCGAUUCCUCUUCUCUCAGGAUCUGUUCUUCAUUUCUUCCUGUCUGCUCUAGUUUUCUUUAAAACAUAAGACAAAAUAGGGACUAUUUGUCUUAUGGAGGUUUCCUACGCCUGACCAUCUCUGACCAGCGGAGGAGCAAAGUGUGCUUCAUUUCCGGUGGUCAGAGAAAUUUUCCCACAAUUCUAAGCUUCCCUCCCUGUUCCCGCGAUGCUUCCUGUCAGUAUUCCCGAACAUUCUGUCACUUAGACAGAACGCCGGCAAAACUGUCGAAUUGCAUCCUAACAGAAUGAGAACAGUUUCUCCAUUGGUCUUUCAGUUUCUCCAUUGGUCUUUCAGCCACAUUUACUAAUACUAAGUAAAGAUUACUUUGUAUUAGUAAAUGCUGCCCCUACUCGCUAUAUCGCGAGUAGGGACAUGUCUAGCAAACAGUGAGCAGCCUCUGGCUGCUCACUGUUAAAAAACAAACAAACAAACAAAAAAAACUAGUACCCCCAUCCCUGAAACCUACCCUUGAGCAGUGUGUGGGGGCCCUAAAUAACAAUAAAGGGGGGAGGGGGGGACCUAUUGUCCUACCCCACGGCCCCCACCCCUGAGCGGCGGGUCGGGGCCCUAAAUGAAAAUGCCCCCUCCCCCCAAGGUGACUAGGGGUCCCCAAGCACCUAGUUACCCCCCUAAAUAAAAAAUAAUCCCCUACCUACCCCCUUCACCCUAAAAAUAGUGAGGGGGGGAAAUAAAAUAACUACCUGUAAAAAAAUAAAUAAAAAUAUCUGACCAUUUGGUGUCUCCUUUUUUCUAAAAUCUUAAUUUUUCAGCCACAAAAAAGGCCAAAUAAAAACAAUAAUAGCCGUCAAACUUGUAAAAAAAAAUAGGGCACCCGCCAUUCGGGGGUGGGGGCUGGGGGGAGGACAGUAGGUGUCCUCCCCCCCCUCCCCCUAUUGUUAUUUAGGGCCCACACCCACCCCUCAGGGUAUAGCGAGUAAGGGCAUUCAAGAGAUUUUAAUCUCCCUUAUGUUAUUAUGGGGGUCAUAUUGACAAGGGGGGCUUAUAAAGCGGCAGGGAGCACUGCUCCCUGGCUCUUCUAUCUUUACAUUUUACAAGGAGGGAUAUGCGCGCCGGUAGCUCCCUCCUUGUAAUAAACUGAACAAACAAACGAACACUGAUAUUCAGUGUUUGUUUGUCUGACAUUUCUAUUCAUUCAUUCGUCUUUCUGACGAAUGAAUGAAAUUCCCUUUCGUAUGCCCAAGUGUUUAAUUGGGCAUGUGCGGGAAUUUCACAGCACUAUCUAGUUUGGGCAGUUGACGUGUCCCACAGGGACUUCAUCUACCCACACAAAGAUGGCGGCGCCCAGAACAUUGGAACGAUAUGCAAAUGUUAUCCAUUUUUAAUUUAAGAGUUUUAUACAGUCCUGUUUUUUUCUCUCCUUCUGAUUUAGCUAUUACUGCAUUGUCUGAGUCUAAAGCAAAGUUGGAAAACCUAAGGAGACUUGUUAAUAAACAUGCCGAAGCAGUUGUGAGACAUUCAAAAAGAAAUGUAGACAAUUUAAAAAGUGAGCAAGAAAACACUAUUAACACUUUAGAGGAAAGGCCCAAUUUAGAUUCAAAGACGGUUUCCUCUGCUGAUAUUCCAAUGGAGAAUAUUUUUGAGAAAAGGAUGAAUAUGUAUGAGGCACAUGCCCUUAACCUAUUGGCUGAUUUAGCUCUAAAUUCUUUUGGGACUUCUGGCAUUCCCUAUGCACCAGUAGAGAAUGCUGUUACAGAGCCUGAACCCGUAGCCGAACAGAAAACCGUAGAAGAGAAAGUGGUCGAAGAUCAAGACCAUAAAAGUCUAAAUAAUCCAGAAAGUUCUGACUCAAGUGAAGCAGCUGACAGUGCUAUUCAUUUUGUACAGUCCCAGGAAUCGAGUCAAACAACGAUAGAAGACAAACCCAGCAUCGAAAGUGAUGCAAACCAAGUGAACAGUACAUCACCAAAAAGUAUUGAAAGUGGUGAAAAAUCUGUUGUAUCAAAAGUUCAUUUUGCGGUUGCAAAGGCAAAAGCACGAAGUAUUGCCACAAGCAAGAUCUGCCUUGAGCAUUCUUACUCCCAACUCCCUCUUGACUUGGCAUCUGCCAGUCCGAUUUCAGUUGAUUCAAAGGAGCCUGCUGAUCAGACUGUAAAUGAUACCAGCACCUUGCCUGCGUCUACAGAGGUUGUGUUUGAACCUGCAACAAACGUAUACUUCCCUAACGAGAUUAUAUUUUUGACCAGUGACACUCCGGUUCUAUGCCCUGUUGUAAAGAAAGAACCACGUGAUGUACUGAAGUUCGGAAACAACUUCUUGGUUACAUUUAAUUGGGAAGCGAAAUAUGAUUUUGAUUUGGACAGCAAAUUUACUAGUGAUCCUCUUGAGAAAACUAUAAACCGAGCUCUACAUGGGUAUGUGACAUAUAAUAUACACAGUUGCGAAUUUAUUUUGUAUUUUGUAAGAAUAUAUAUCUCUUUUCAAUUGGGUCAUGUCAUUCUAGCUUUAUAUACAUUUAAUAGAUUCUUAAAGAGAGAAAAAUCAAUAUAUCCUUCAUUGUAAAGUUUUAUAAAUAAAUGUAUUAUUGUUAGCAAUGUUUUAUGUAUUUCAUAUAUAUUUUCUGUAUAUAGACCAUGGAAUCCCCAUUUAAAAGAGAAAGUAGAGGAUGUGAAAAUAAUCCUACACAUGUGGCUCGCACUGUUUUACAACAAGUCUAACAAGCAGCUGUCCUGUAGUUCACGGAAAGUGGUGGAGCACAGUAAUCCUGCCAAAUAUGUCUCGAUUAACACCAUCAUGGACCCAUUCGAAUUAUAUGAAAUUGUGGAUUCUGAAAACGUUGAAAUUGGACUAUCACAGCUUCCUGCAGCAAGUUCUCCGGAUAGCAGUUUAGAUGCAUCCAUUGCUAACAGCAGUCAAACCAGUAACACUGGUAAGUCAUUGGUGCCCGUUUCACACAAAUCUGACAAGAAGCAAAAAAGAAAUCAUGGAAAAGAAUAUUUGAGUGUUUUCACCGAUGUCUUACAACAGGUAAGGUGCUAUUCUUAUUUGUAAUAAACAACUAAUUCUCAUAUCAGGAGCAAUAAUCUGACCACCAGAUUGGCUUAAUGAGAUUCUAUGUGUUAAGUAUAAAAAGUUAAUUUAAAUGGUAUGGGAAAUACUGUAUGACUGACAGUGGACUGAAUUGUGAUUUACAUGCAGUAUUCAAGAAACACGUGAUGUGUUUUAUCACUGUAAAUGUGUUUUAAUGAGCUACGUUUGAUAGAAAUUAUUCUGAACAAAAUAAUGAUACAUUUAUAUAAUUAGAUACUCCACAAGAACACGUGUUAGGUGCUAUUAGCUUGUUUCUGUAAUUAUCCAAGAUUCUUUUUUUUUUAAAUUGGUUUUGCUCCUUUACCUUUCAGUAUUUCUCUUUUUGCUUCAUUAAUUCUGUUAUGUGUGAUAUCAUGGUUUAGGUUUCUGAAAUUUUUUAUUUAUAUGUUAAAGAAUAGCUGACCAUCACACUAAGAUUCAUGAAACCCUGGCUGAGAAUAUGAAAUACUGCUAAUGGAAUAAGCACAACAGGGCUAAAGAAAAUUAAGCGAGUCACUUCUGGAUUUUGUGCUUAUUACAUGAGAAUUUUGCAGAAAAUACAGGAGCUUCAGAUAUAUAUUUUUCUGUAUUUUUCCCCCAAUGUUUUUCAUUUUAUUUAAGUGUUCUUGCAUAGCAAGACCACUUAAUGUUAUCUCACAUAUAUAUUAUUCUUAUUAUAGCCAAAUUUACCACCCGAACUCCUACCACAGUUUUUACACUACAUAGACAGUAAUGUACCAAAACGUGCGGAUUGUUCCUGAUUGGUGUGCUAUUACUUUGUGGAACGUUUCGUCGUUUUUGUGGUGAAAUUGGUCCCAUAGAAAUGAAUGGCGAAAUGUUCAAAACUAGAGUGGGAGCUGACAAAAGCUGAAAAAUUAGGACAUGAUUUCUAAACUACCACCACUCCCUCAUUUUCAAGCCCACCUACACAAAUCUUAUAUCAAAAUGUUCAGCUAUCCCCGCUGCCACUAAAAAUGUCCACGGCUAAGCCAUAGUCCUGAUAGUUUUCACAAUAUGACCAUUUGUUUGCAACUCAUGCGGUCCAUUGACAUUCAUUGAAACUCCACUCUAGCCACCUAAAAUUUGAAGGGCAAUUUCUAAACACUGAGACUGUGCCUUCAUUUUUUUCAUUUCAGAGACAUACUAUGCAUCAAAAUAGUAGGUCUGGGUCUUGUGAUUCUCACAAUAUAAAGCUCUUCGCUGUAGCAUUUAUAGUUUUUAAAAUACGACUGUUUGAAGAUGGCAGCCUCCAAAAUACUCUGACUUGUGCCAGACUGGAGCAGCAAGUGAUGUCAUAGACAGGGCCUUUUGUACACCUGCUAAUGUUUUUAUAAAUGUAUGUUUUAAUGUAACUGUGAAGCAUUUUGGGCAACAACGUUGCAAUUAAAUGUGCUAUAUAAAUAAAUAAAAGUUGAAAUGCAUUUCUCACACUAUCAAGCUUGCCAUGUGCACUUUUUAAAUUUGAUCUAUCAAUUGUUUAGUGUAAUGUUUACUAUCUUUACUCACUCCAAACACUCCACACAGUUACUCUGCCCAGUCCAACCUUUCCACAGUUACUCCAGCCACUCCAAUCACACAACAGUUACUCCGCCCACUCCAGUUGUAGACUACUGGUGGAGGCUAGAACACUUCACACAAUUUCCCCAGAAAUUUUAGCUUUUCUAGUUUCUUAUUUUAAUUCUUUAAAAAUAGUGGAUUAACUGGAGUGUCCCUCAUAAUUCUGUAGUAACAGAUGUAUGUUAGGACGUGGAUAAUAGUGUAUUUUAAGCCCAAUGAAGGAAUACAAUAAAUCAAAUCUAUUUGAUGCUUUGUAUUAUAUACACCACAAAGUAGUACAUAUCCUGAAUACCUACAUCUUAGCAGCAGGAAGCUAGAUACUGAACUAAUGACAAACCAAUAAUAUUCUGUAUGCAUUUUGAUACAAUACCAGAACUGGGUCUUUUAAUCAAGAAUUCUCUUUAUUAAUUCACAAAGUCAAUUUUUUGGUUCUGGUAUCUUCAGGACUGCUAAAAUUGUCUUGAAGAAUGUUUCUAUCAGAACUGUGAUGUUGUGAUUUAGCGAUGGAAUAAAGAGAUUCUUGAUUAAAAGACCCAGAGUGUUGAUAUCUUAUUGAAAUGCAUUGAUAAAUAGUGUUAUGUCUAGUACCAGGCAAGAUAUUUUGGUGGUCAGAGUGCAUGGAAUAUUUUUGGAUUUGAAUAAUAUUUUGUAUUUAUAUUUAUCACUAUCCUUACCAAAUGACUGCAUGGCAAAUGUUGGCAUAUUAAUUAAACCUAUUAUUUAUACACAUAAAACAUGCAAACACUGAAAUUGUGCCUCUCUCGGCCCCUGUCCGAUACAUUUUACUCCGGUCUUUUACAUGACUUAGUCAUAACAGCUCAAAAAUACAAGCUGUGUGUAAUGUAAUGUGAUGUGUCUUGGCUGAAUUUUUUUGUUGGCUGUAUUGUGGUGUGUGUGUGUUUGGGGGUUUAAGCAUUAACUGAAUACUGAUAAUCUCAGCCAGUCCAAUGCUUUCCCAAAGGAAAGCAUUAGGAGGCUAGUGUGCAAGUGUGAUAAAAUGCUGCUAAUAGAAAUAGUCAAAUUUUAUUUGUCAGUGACAUCCACUAGAGGUAUUUAAAUCCUGCAAACAUUGUAUUUCUGUCAGAGACCUGUCAUCUAGACCACUUCAGUGAUGUGAAGUGGUCUGGGUGUCUAUAGUGUCCCUUUAAACCAAUUUUUACUUUUAUUAAAGCAAUUUUGUUAUAGCUGUAGUUCACUGUUGAUAUUCCCUGGCUUACAUCUCUGAAAAUCUCUCCAGUUCAACUUGUCACACCUAUAAUUUACAACUCACUUUAAAUUCAUAUACAGAACUGUCAAUAAAUUUGUCUACAAUUUACUGUAUAUUUUCUAAAACCCGUAAUAUUCCCAAUUUUAGCUGAAUGCAGAUAGAACAGAAGAAGACAGCUACAAAGAAGUUUGCGGCUUUAAUAGGAUGCAAAAAGACAUUGAUCAAGAACAAAACGCUUAUGAAAAAAUUGAUAUUUCUACACCUACAAAAACAAAUGCUGGUACAAAAUCGCCAAAGAAGAGAGACAUUUUUGACCCACCAGCUUGGGUGCUUUCAACUGAAAGUGAGAACUGCUAUAAAAGUGACAUGGAUCCUUUCCAGGAUGUAAACAAGAGCAUGCAAAAUAAGGCUUGGAAUAAAAAUGUGGUAAGAAUUUCCUUUCCUUACACUGGAUAUGGUAGUCAUUUUAAAAAGCCAAAUAACUCUCCCCAGAUUAAAGAUUUGCCAGAUGCCAACAUUAUACCUUUACCGGUUGUAAAGGUGAUCAAGGUGAGUUCUGAUGGGAAGAAAGAAGAUGAACUACCUUCAGACAAUUCUGGAGAUGCCAUGGAAUUGGAGAGAUCUACUAAGUCUAGUCAUUUAUUUGACACUGAGGUUGGGGUGCAAGGUGAAGUUCUAUACGAGAAUAUAAGUGAUCAAGAAGAGGACUAUGAUUUAAAGAAUGAAAAAGAUAACCGCAAAUUUGAGGAAGCAAGUGAUUGUGUCCCUUCAACCAUAAACCAUUUGAAGGCUCCAGACUCUGUGCCAGAUUUUGAGAAGAACAAAAAUCUUGAAGGGAUACAUGAUUUGUUAGACCUCACAUUACGAAAUUCUGAUGAUAAAAGAGAGUUUGUGGCACAAAAGGAACAAUUGACUAAACCUCAUUCUGACACUUCUUCAAAUGAGACGGUUGGAUUAAAAGAAUUUGUUUUAAAUUCUUCAUCUAAUGCAGUAACACGGACUCCUUUUGAAAAUGAUUUUCAGACAAGUAAGUCUUUGAGUGACGUCACCAAUCUUCUAACUGGGAACUUGGAUAAACGUUUAAGUUCUGGUCCACUUCUCAGUGGAAAGGUAAGCAUGCAUCUUGUGCUAUUGUAUUAGUGAAAAGUUGUAUUUUUGGAUUGCAUAUUUUUAGUAAAUGGUAUUUUUACUUUUUGAAGUAUGGUAAUCUAGAAGAAAGUAAUUGUGCUUGUAAAAGGGAACCUGUUAAUCAUUCCUGUGGGCUUUUCAUUUGUAAACAUUGUGUGACAAACUUACUUCCCUGUGUGUGUUUGUCCAGGAUCUUUUGGCAACUGCACACCCCUAUAGGGUAAGGAAGCCAGGCCAAGACAAAGUUCAGUUUCAAAGGCCUCUGGCCUGUUUAUUUUCUGUUGGUAAAAAGUCACUGGAUACAACAGGAUAAAACAAGCAGCAAAACCUUCUUUCUCCUCAAAACACUUUUCCUCCCACACCCUGCUUUAACUGCAGUUAUAAAGCUGCUCACAGCCCCUACAGGUGAGGCUAAUGACCUAGUUAGGUAGUGAACCAGAACUCCUUAGAAAACUUGGGCUGUACUCCUGCACAGCCACUUUGACAGUGGGUGGAGAAUCGGCCCACCCUGCUCUUCCGAAUACUCCACCCCAGGGACCCUUAACUUUCCCUGUGCUUAACCACAUGUCUGGAUAGUGGCUGUACAAAAAUCUGGGUGCCAGAAAUACACCCUUGACCACCAUCCCUAACACUCUGUCACAUAUCCUCCCCUCCCCAGCUCAGACAUAUUAUCAGACACAGAUAAUAAAUUUAAUUAUGUUUAACUGUAAAAUGAAAUGGUUGCAAACUGAGGAACCACCUUGUCACCCUGACAUUAUUGUCUUUGUUUUGACUCAUCCAGGUUAAGGGAGCAUGGUCUGUGACCAAUCUAAAUUUUCUGCCCAGCAGAUAAUAUUUUAGUGAGUCUAAAGCCCAUUUUCCUGGCUAAUCAUGGCAGCAUUUAACAUAUGGGUAGCUCCUCCCUCCAGUCAAUAGGACAGGAAUACCAAUUAAAGACUUCAAUUAUCCCUGAGGUAUAAGAGAUCCCAGAAUACUAGGUUCCUCAGUCUUUUUUCCUGUCCUCCUAGCCAGACAGGACAGUUUGUAUUUAUUACAUAUUAUUAUUUUUUUUAUGCUCACCUGGCUAUGUAUUUCAGCCUGUUACUCCCUAAGAGGUCAGCCUCCCUCUGUAGGAAGACCAGGUACAGCUCUUGGUAGCUGGGGCCCCCUGGUAGCCAAAGGAGUUAGUGUUUCCUCCGGCAUCCUAUUGAAAGCUGCUGCUAUGCCUGUCCCUGCAGGUGAAAACUUCAUAUUCUGGCGCCAGAUUUCCAGUUCCGAGGUUCAGGACGCCCGCACAUGCACAGAGGUAAGAGGACGCGAGUAUCCCUAUGUUUGCCACUAACAAAAAUGGUGGUCCCGGGCGCUCGCGGUAAAUCACACAUGCGCGAUUAAAGAAACAGCUCGUCAUUUUUAUUUAAAGGGGAAAAGUGCGGGGUUUUUUUUGCCGUGAAAUUCAAAUCUUUCAAGGAGGUGUAAUUUGCUCUCUGGGAAGCAAGCCCUCUCACUCUGCAGGUAUUCAUUUCUUUUUUAUUUUUCCUUUUAUGAUAUCUCUUUGUAUAAUUUGGGGUUUCUCUGUUAAAAAUGUUUUUUAGAGAAACAAUGUUUGUUUGUUUUUUUUCCCCCUUUCAGCCUUAGAAUUGUUUUUUUUCCAGGAUGGAUCACUCUCCCACUUCAGCUAAAUCAGCGACUAUAGGUCAUAGGUGAGCAUUAAUUUUUGUAACUUUUCCCACCAUUGUCCAAAUAAAGAGUGCACUAGAGGGUACAGUCUCUUGACUUCUGUAAUUUCAGCCCUCAAGACCGGACAGGCCCUAGAUCUCCUUCCAGGAGAAGGGAUAAACCGGCAGCCUGCGUUGGAUGUGGAUCCAGACCCUUGGACAACUGCAGGCUGUGUAAGAAAUGUCUUACUAGAGUUGCAGCAGAAUCUGAAUUCCAGCAACAACCUCAAGCAUCCACCUCAGCCCAGGAUAUAGCCUCGUGGAUUAAGCAGGCAGUGGCAGAAGGCAUUGCUGAAUCACAAAAAGGCAAGCGUCAUAGAUGUGAAUAUCCCCAGGGGAACAUCGAUUCUUCAGACGAAGAUUUUGGACAGGAUUCGGGUUCCAUGGACCUUGAACAUAUGUCUUCUAGUGAUGAAGAAUACUCCUGCCCCCUUGACUCUAAAGCAAUAGAGCGUUUGAUCUCUCUGGUGAGAAGAAUACUGGAAUUUCCUGAUGAGGUGCUAGAAACCUCAGCAGUGGACAAACACUUUGGGGAUCUCAGUAAAAGAAAACCUUCAUUUCCGGUACACAAGUCCUUUAAGGAUCUCAUAAGUAAGGAAUGGAAGACUCCAGAAAAGAGACUUUCACUGCAAAACCGUCUGCCUAAGUUAUACCCCAUUCGUGAAGAGGACUCCAGACUUUGGACUUCCAACCCGAAGGUUGAUGCCUUAGUUAUCAAGGUGGCCAAACGUUCUAUCCUCCCGAUAGAUUGCAAUGCUUCCCUGAGAGACUCUAUGGAGAAAAGAAUAGAUGCUGACAUUUCUAAAUGUUUUUUGGCAGCUGGUACUGGAUGUCACCCAGCGGUUUCUAUUUCGGCUGUGUCCAGAGCAAUGAGAGUAUGGAUCCUGGACAUAGAAGAAGAUUUGGACAAGGGUGUCAAAAGACAACAUAUUGCAGAUUCCCUACGGUAGGUCAGACUGGCCAGUGAAUGGCUCUUAGAAGCCUCUACGGAUAUGAUUAAGGUUAUGUCAAAGGUUAUGGCUUUCUCAGUUGCAGCCAGACGUGCCUUAUGGCUCAGAUCAUGGGGGGCUGAUAUGGCCUCAAAGCACAACUUAUGUUCCCUUCCUUUUUCGGGUGAAGUAUUGUUUGGGAAAACCCCUUGAAGAUGCCAUCAAAAGAGCGCUGGAUGUCAAGCAGGUUCUGCUUCCUCAAGAUAGACGUCCCAGAAGACCUCCACUUGAACGUCGUUCUUAUAGAGAACACCCUUCUUAUAGAGAUAGUAAGGCUUAUAGGCCAGGCCGUGAAUACUAAGGACCUACCUCCUGGAGAAGUGGUCAAACCAGCAAGUCCAGCAGAGGUAAGACUAACACCUCUUCCUUUCGUCCUUCCAAGCAGUUCUGAAGGUUACUACGCCCAAACACCUUUGGUAGGAGGAAGACAUGCAUUUCCAAAGGGUUUGGGCAGAGAUCCCAGACAAUUGGGUGAGAUCCAUAAUUACGGAGGGCUAUUCUCUGGAAUUUGUGGACAUUCCCCGAGCAAGAUUCAUAAGGACCAGUGUUCCCUUGGAUUCGAUAAAAAGAGUCGCUUUGAUCCAGUACACUGGAGAUCUUCUACAACAACGGGUGAUUGUUCCUGUUCCAGAAAGUCAAAAGUUUCAGGGUUUCUAUUCCCCUCUAUUCCUGGUAAAGAAACCUGGAGGAAAGUGGAGACCCAUUCUGGACUUACAUCAGCUCAAUAUCCACUUGAGAAUAAAAAAAUUCAGGAUGGAAUCUCUUCGCUCUAUCAUACCGGCAGUUCAUCAAGGAGAUUGGCUAAUAUCAGUAGAUCUGAAAGAUGCCUACUUCCAUGUCCCGAUAGCCCUUCAUGACCAGAGGUUACUCAGAUUCUGUGUAAACAAUCAACAUUUCCAGUUCCAGGCUUUACCGUUCGGAAUCAGUACAGCACCAAGGACCUUCUCAAAGAUUCUGGUGACGGUUAUCGCAUUACUCAGAAGGAAGGGAAUAACAGUAUUCCAUUACCUAGAUGAUAUCCUGGUAGUUGCUCAAACAUACAAGGGUUUACUGAAACAUCGACUGAUGGUACUGCAGACACUAGAACGCUUUGGCUGGUUAAUCAACUACCAGAAGAGUCAACUUCUGCCUGCCAGAAGGCUGGUGUUCCUGGGAGCAAAAUUCGACACAGUGUCAGCAGUAGUGUCUCUAGCCCACGACAGAAAAAUAAAUAUGUGGUCACGCAUUCGAGAAUUUCAAAUCGAAAAAACGACUACAGCAAGAAAGUGUAUGAAGAUCAUAGGUUCCCUUUCCUCCACAUUUGGCCUAGUGAAAUGGGCUCAGUGGAACUUCCGCCCUUUACAAGAAUACUUCCUACAGAAGUUCGACUUGGGCUCCCAGAAAUGGGAGAUGAAGAUGUCCAUUCCGGAUCAUAUAAAAAGGUCCCUCAACUGGUGGCUUUCUUGGGAAAACAUAUCCAAAGGUUUCCCUCUGAUGGAGGUGGACUGGAUGAUCACCACCCGGGAUGCCAGUCAAGAUGGUUGGGGUGCACAUCUGAAAGACCACUUUGUCCAGGCAUUAUGGCCCUGCACACAAGACAUCUUCCUUCCAAUAUAAGGGAACUAAGAGCAGCCUUUCUAGCUCUUCUACAUUUCAAAUAUCUCAUCUCAUUCAGCAUCGAUAGGUGAAGCUGAGAAUAGACAACAGGGCAGCGGUAGCAUACAUCAACCAUCAGGGUGGUACCAGGAGAGGUGCACUGAUGAAAGAAAUCAAGCCAAUCAUGAUUUGGGCACAGAGGAAUCUAGCCGGUCUCUCAGCCUUAUACCUUCCCGGGAAGGAGAAUACGAUUGCAGAUUUCCUGAGCAGACAUCAAGUGAAGGAGACGGAGUGGAAGCUAUCCAAUUUGAUCUUCCGACGACUGGUGAGGAUGUGGGGGCUCCCACAGGUGGAUUUAAUGGCCACUGCUCAGAAUACUCAUCUUCCAUGCUACAUGUCAAGGAGAUUUCACCCACUGGCAUAUGCUCAAGAUGCCCUUUCAUCAAGAUGGCCAUUCCAGCUGGCAUAUGUAUUCCCUCCGAUCAAGCUCAUUCCCGCCCUUCUGAAGAAAAUCUCCAAGGAACGAUGCAGGAUAAUAGCUAUCAUCCCGUUCUGGCCACGUCGUCCAUGGUUUCCCCUCUUGAAGAGUCUGUUGAUAGACGAUCCAUGGGAACUUCCAGUCUUCUGGGAUCUUCUGUCUCAGGGACCUCUAGUACAACCAGAACCACACAAACUGCGUCUUCAUGCAUGGCUCUUGAAAGGCAAUCCUUAAGCGAGCAGGGGUUUCCUGAUAAAGUUGUUUCCACCUUGCUGCGUUCCAGAAAAACUUCUACCUCCUCUACAUACUAUAAGAUAUGGGGGGCCUUCGCGAAUUGGCUUCAUAUAGAUGUGAAGGAUUUGAAGUCACCUUCUAUUUCCCAGGUUUUGGGAUUCUUACAGGCUGGGUUGGAUAGAGGUCUGAGUCUAAACACCCUCAAGGUUCAUUGUUCUGCUAUUUCUGCCAUGUCAGGUAUCAGAUGGGCUGAAGACCCCAUGGUAGUCCGCUUUAUGAAAGCAGUUCUUAGAAUUAGACCACCGAUCCGAGUCUACAAGUGUCCCUGGGAUCUACCUUUGGUAUUACAGGCCUUGAUGGAGCAGCCUUUCGAACCAUUGGACGAUAUCCCUAUGUUGUCCCUGAUGCAAAAGACUCUACUACUAUUAGACUUAGUCUCAGCUAGAAGGAUGGAGGACAUUAGAGGUCUUUCGGUAGAAGAACCUUAUACCACUUUCUACCAUGACAGGGUCAUUCUCCGUCCCAGACCAGAAUUUCUACCUAAGGUGGUCUCUCCUCUUCACAUAAAUCAAGAAAUUGUUCUUCCAGUCUACUUUAAAAAUCCAUCAAACGAGAUGGAAGAAAAGUUUCACAUGCUGGACCUUAAGAGGUGCAUUUUGGUCUACAUUCAACGGACUAAGGCUUGGAGGAAGUCUCCCCCAACUUUUUGUUGUCCCUUGGGGCUCCUGUAAGGGUGAAGCAGCCUCUGUUUCUACCCUCCGUUCCUGGACUGUUUCCUCUAUUUCAAGAGCUUAUAAGGUCCGAGGAGUUCCAGUUCCAAAAGGUAUAAGGGCACACUCUACCAGAUCAAUUGCCACUUCAUAGGCUGCAGAGUCUGGAGUAUCACCAGAGAGCAUUUGCGAAGCAGCUAAUUGGUCUUCUAUAAAUAGUCAUUACAAACUCAAUAUUUCUUCGGAUUCUAACCUGCAAUUUGGACUUUCGGUCCUAAAUUCUUGUUCUUCUCAAAACAAAUAAAUAUUUCUGGGCAUCUAUUCCCUCCCUGUGGUAUUUACUGCUUGGGUAUUCCCCAUAUGUUAAAUGCUGCCAUGAUUAGCCAGGAAAGAGGAAAAUUUAUUCAUACUUACCGUAAUUUUCUUUUCCUGGCUAUUAUUCAUGGCAGCAUUUUGGUUUAUUAUGUCUGAUCAGUUUGCUACUAGACUGAGGAACCUAGUAUUCUGGGAUCUAUUGUACCUCAGGGAUAAUUGAAGUCUUUAAUUGGUAUUCCUGUCCUAUUGGCUGGAGGGAGGAGCUACCCAUAUGUUAAAUGCUGCCAUGAAUAAUAGCCAGGAAAAGGAAAUUACGGUAAGUAUGAAUAAAUUUUCCUCUUUAUGGCAAGGCAUUAUUUCUCCACUAUAGAAUAAUUUUUCCCAGCGGGAUUCAGCUUCCUACUUAAAUAAAACACUAGGUGUUCUUCACCCUGAAUUUCCUGAGACAGAACCAACCCUAACCCAAUCUUUGAUGCAUUGGUUUGCACAAUGAACUCUUUAGUGAAAUCCGGGGUUACCAGAAAUGGUUGGGUGCACAAAGCCUCUUUCAAUUUUAAAUGAUUUUUCUGUCUCUAAUGACCACUUCACCACUAGUGGGGCUUUUCCUUUUGUGAGAUAAGUUAAAGGAGCUGCUAAUGUAGCAAAAUCAGGAAUAAAUCGCCUGUAGUACCCAAUAAGUCCUAAGGAAGUCCUGACUUGCUUUUUAGUGAGGGGGUGUGGCCAGUUUUGUAUGGCCUUCACUUUUGCGGUUUGGGGCUCAACAAGCCCUCUCCCAAUCAAAUAACCCAGAUAUUUUGCCUCUUCCAAACCAAUAGUAUACUUAGAUGGGAUAGCAGUUAAACCAGCUAGGCGGAUAGAGUCCAGUACUACUGCCUGCACUUUGGGAAGAUGUGAAGCCCAGUCAGAACUGUGAAUGACUAUGUCAUCCAAGUAUGUGGCCGCAUAACAGCUAUGAGGCUUUAAAAUCCGAUCAGUCAGUCUUUGAAAUGUGGCAGGGGCCCCAUGUAACCCAAAUGGUAGCACCUUGUAUUGGAAUAAUUCCCCUCAUGUCGAAAAAGCUGCCUUUUUUUUUUUUUCUUUUGCUCUGUCUGUAAGAGGUACUUGCCAAUAACCCUUCGUCAUGUCCAAAGUAGUCUGGUACCGAGCCUUAUCCAGUCUAUUAGUUCAUCAACCCUAGGCAUUGGAUAAGCAUCAACUUGGACACACUAUUUAAUUUGUGAAAAUCAUUACAAAACCUUAACGAACAAUCAGGUUUUGGCACCAGUACUAUAGGGCUGUUCCACUCGCUUUGUGAUUCCUCAAUAAUAUCAAGAUCUAAAAUUUUCUUAAUUUCAGCAUUUACAGCCUCUUUCUCUGCUUCUGGAAUUCUGUAUGGUUUAAUACUUAUCUUCACCCCUGAUUCUGUAACAAUAUAAUGCUUGAUAAUGUUAGUCCUACCUGGAACUACAGAAAAUACCUCCUUGUUUCUACCAAUAAAGUCCCUUACUUCCUGUUUCUGGUGGGGGACAGUGUGUCUGGUAUGUUUACUUCAAGUUCACUAUCAGUCCUAUUCAUGACAAUUGAAGUAGUUAAGACCUUUCUGUCCUUCCAGGGUUUUAGUAAAUUUAUAUGAUGUAUUUGUUCAGGUUUUCUCCUAUUGGGUUGUCUCAUUUUAUAAUUAACUUCCCCAACUUGUUCAAUAAUCUCAUAGGGGCCAUGCCAAGAUGCUAGAAAUGUAUUUUCUACUGUAGGGACCAAAACAAGUACCCUGUCUCCUGGGUGAAAAACUCUGUCUGGCAUGGUUUUUCUGGGCCUCUUGGGCUUUCUGCAUAUGUUCUUUAACUAUUGGCAUGACAGUCGCCAUACUAUCCUGCAUUUGAGCUAUGUGCUCAAUUACACUACGGUACGAAUUGGAUUUGUGUUCCCAGGUUUCUUUUGCUAUAUCUAGCAGACCUCUGGGAUGAUGGGCAUAUAGAAGUUCCAAAGGAGAGAAGCCCAUAGAAGCUUGUGGCACCUCCCUUAUGGAGAACAUUAGAUAGGGUAGUAAGCAAUCCCAAUUCUUACCAUCCUUGUCAAUUACUUUCCUUAGCAUACUUUUUAAGGUCUUGUUGAACCGUUCUACCAGUCCAUCUGUCUGGUGAUGAUAAACAGAGGUUCUAAGAUGUUUGAUUUGAAGUAGUUUGCAUAACUCCUUUGUAACUUUAGACAUAAAUGGUGUACCCAGAUCUGUCAAAAUUUAUUUUGGUAUGCCCACCCGGCUAAACAUGAGCAUGAGUUAUUUUGCCAUUGUCUUUGGAGAAGUGUUACGUAGGGGCACUGCUUCCGGGUACUUGGUAGCAUAAUCCAAAACCACCAAUAUAUACUGAUGCCCACUUGCAGACUUUACCAGAGGACCUACCAGGUCCAUUGCAAUCCUCUCAAAAGGUAUUUCUAUUAUAGGCAAUGGUACAAGAGGACUGCGUUAUGCCUUAAAAUGGGUGGUUUGCUGACAUUCAGGAGAUGAACAACAGUAAUUUGCAACUUAAGCAAAUACCCCAGGCCAAUAAAAUAUCUGUAAGACUCUUUUUGUCUUUUCUAUGCCUAAAUGUCCCCCCAGUAUAUGGCUGUGUGCAAGAUUUAGGACUGGAUGUCUGAAGGGCUUAGGAGCAAGUAGUUGCUUUACAACAUCCAUCCCUUUUUUUCUCCACUCUAUAAAUCAAAUCAUUCUGUACCUCAAAGUAAGGAUAAGAAGGGGCUCUAUCUAGUUGAACUGGAUCAUCGUUAGAAACCUGGAUAUUUUUAUGGGCCUCUGCAAGAGUGAGGUCUUCCCAUUGUGCUUUCCUGAAGUUAACAGGACUGACUUCUAAUUCAAGAAAGUUUAAUGCCUUGAUCCUGAUCGCAAUCGGACUCCUGACUAUCGUGGCUUGGGUCAUCUCCUGUUAAAGCUGGUGUGUGACUUCAGCCUUCUCUGUUCUUAUGCCUAGUUCUUCACAUCUAUGUCAGAAAAAGGAAACACAUUUCCAGAAUCAUCAUUUGCUAUACAAUCAGGGGCUACUUUUCCUGGAGACCCCCACAAGUCUAAAAAUUGGGGAAAAUCCCUUCCCAGCUUCACAUCAUAAGCCAAUUUAUCCACCACCCCUGCUGAAUGAUUCACAGUACCAAAAAGGCUUUCAAAUUUCAGCAAAACUGUAGGAUAUUCACGUUUGUCACCAUGAACACAAAUUAUACCAAUUUUCUGAAAUGCAUCAACAUCGGCUUCAGAUACAAGGCAUUUUGUUAUCAGUGUAGCCAUACUUCCGGCGUCUAAUAGAGCUCCAACCUCUUUCCUAUUCACCUUUAUGGAACAAAUCUGCGUAUUGUGACUACAGUUGGCAUAAGUAGAUUCCAUAUAAUUCAGCAGACAAGACAUUGCAUAGAUUCAUCAAUCAAGGGACAGUCUCUAGCUUUAUGUCCAAGUUCAUUACACCGGAAACAUUUAAUAUUUUCAUCUGUCCCCCACCUAGACCCUUUUCCAGGAUUAACAUUUCUAGACAUAAGCGUAUGGGGUCUCUGAGAAUAUGUCUCUUGUUCCUCUGUAUCUCUGAAUCCUUGAAAAAUCUUACCAGCAGAUGGAGACUUAACUCUCUCCAUAGACUUUAUUUUGUUAAGCUACUGUCUGUCAUCUGCAGCAACAUAUCUUUCCACCAAACUAAAGGACCACUAUAGGCACCCAGACCACUUCAGCUUAAUGAAGUGGUCUGGGUGCCUGGUCCAGCUAGGAUUAACACUUUUUUUUUUUUUUUUUAAACAUAGCAGUUUCAGAGAAACUGCUAUGUUUACACUGAGGGUUAAUCCAGCCUCUAAAGCCUCUUGUCGCUGUCUCAUUGACAGCCGCUAGAGGUGCUUGCGUGCUUCUCACUGUGAAAUCACAGUGAGAAGACGCCAGCGUCCUUUGGAAAGCAUUGUAAUUCAGCCGAUGACGUCGCUAGGAAGAAGGAGAGGAGGAGGAAGGUAAGAUUUUAACCCCUUCCUCUCCCCAGAGCCCGGCGGGAGGGGGACCCUGAGGGUGGGGGCACCCUCAGGGCACUAUAGUGCCAGGAAAACUAGUAUGUUUGACCCAUCGACGCAGUGAAGCAGGUAAGCCCCGCAGGAAUCUGUCCAUCCCAAGAAGUUCCAUGAUGUGGCUUGACGGAUUUAUUUCUGGUUGUAACCACUUUCUAGCAAGAUGUAUCAGGUCAAACAUCUGGGAGCGGAUAGGUUUCUCUUGGUUGAAAGUCCAGGCAUGAAAUCUUUGGUCAUGAACUGCCAUAUUCACACCAAGUCGUGCAAGGAUCUCAGCCUUCAGUUUGGAGUAGACCCCUGCCUGCUCUGGUUCCAGGUCAUAGAAAGCCUUCUGGGGUUCUCCAAUAAGAAAAGGUGCCAGUAAGCUUGCCCACUCACUCACUGGCCACUCUUCUCUGUCAGCUGGCCUCUCAAAAGCUAGAAGGUAUGCUUCCACAUCAUCUGUAUGUGUCAUCUUCUGCAGGUAACGGCUGGCUCUGAUCAUCUUAACCUCGGACUGCGUCCCAUCCGAAACUCUGGUCAGUCCCUUGGUCAAAGCUUGUAUCUCCUUCUGUAUCAUGCUGGAGGCCUGAUGUUGCUCCUCCCUGAGCAGGCGGCUUGCCUCAGCUUGGGCGGCCACAAUCUGCUGGAUCAUGGCAUCUGUGUUGGCCUUUUGCGUGAUUAUCAGUUGCUGUAGGGCUGCAAUAUUUUCCUGUUGUGAGGCUGUGGCCUCCUGCUGUACGGCUGUAGCCUUUUGCUGUGCCGCUGUAGUUUGCAACAAAACUUUCACAACUUCCUCCAUAUUUCUCCAGGCUUGUUUGGCUUCCCGUUAAUACCCACAGGCUUCUUCAGUGUAGUGCCUGCAUCCUCCACCAUAUGUGACAAACAUAUUUCCCUGUAUGUGUUUGUCCAGGAUCUUUUGGCAACUGCACACCCCUAUAGGGUAAGGAAGCCAGGCCAAGACAAAGUUCAGUUUCAAAGGCCUCUGGCCUGUUUAUUUUCUGUUGGUAAGAAGUCACUGGAUACAACAGGAUACAACAAGCAACAAAACCUUCUUUCUCCUCAAAACACUUUUCCUCCCCCACCCUGCUUUAACUGCAGUUAUAAAGCUGCUCACAGCCCUUACAGGUGAGGCUAAUGACCUCGUUUGGUAGUGAGCCAGAACUCCUUGGAAAGCCUGGGCUGGACUCAUGCACAGCCACUCUGACAGUGGGUGGAGAAUCGGCCCACCCUGCUCUUCCGAAUACUCCACCUCAUGGACCCAAAUAACAACAGAGAAAAAAAACCUACAUUUAACCUUAACUUUCCCUGGGGCUGCAUGUGCUGAACCACAUGUCUGGAUAGUGGCUGCGCAAAAGUCUGGGUGCCAGAUAUACACCUUUGACCACCAUCCCCAACACUCUGUCACAAUUGUAAAAACAAGACUGUUUUCUGCAUAAUUAUUUGUAUGUCUGACCAGAGCUUGCAUCUCUUCUUUUCACACCUCGUCUGAAGCUGUCAUACCAGCAUUAUUUAAAUAAUUCACGAGCCUUCAGCUAGCCAUACAAACCAUACCAGCUGUCACAUACUUUGAUCUUUAGGGAAGUUAAUUGCUCUUUAAAAUACUGUGACAUUUGUCACUAAUGACAUGUAAUUUUGCUAACUCUUUUAAGGGAUACUGUGAACAUGAGUGUGAUUUGUGUUGAAAUUAACCUUUCAAAAACAUUACCAAGCAUCUUUAGUCACACCAUUAUAAUAUCGUAAGAGUGUGAAAGUGGGUGUACUUGUAAUGGUGGUAUAAUCUCAUACUACAAGUUUGUGUGUGUGCGCUGGUAUAAUUUAGUCUCAGAAAUAUAUUGUUACAGAUGCAGAGGUACUGAAAGAUUGUGUUUCUACAACUUCCCCGACUGUCAUGCAAAAUGUGGGGAAAAGCAUAGACCGCAUUAUCCUUUUUGUUUUCAUAUGCUUGUAGAUGUACACAUUGAAAACAACAACAAGCUAUUCAUUCUGAUUUUGGAAUAUAAUAAAAUGCUGCCAAUAUUUUUGGAGAAUUCUAGUAGCCCAUAAAUGUAUGAUUUAAAGGGUCACUACAGUGUCAGGAACACAACCAUAUAUUUCUAACACGAUAGUUAUAAAACCACAGUUAGGUGAUUUGCUCACCUUUUUCCAACGCCGAGUGGCUCCUUGCUUCUGAUUCCGCUCCUGAUCCACCUCCUUGAUUAACAUCAUCAGAAUUGAUGAUCUCAGCCAAUCACAAUGUUUUCCCAAGGAGGCAGGCUCCUCAUACAGAUGUCUUGAAUCAGUGCAUCUCUAUAAGGAAAGUUCAGUGUCUCAAUGCAGAGGGUAGAGACGUUGAAUGUCAGUGCUAGACACUGUGCAGCACUGCCACAGGAAGCACCUCUAGUAGCCAUCUGAUGAUUGGCCACUGGAGGUGUCCUUAAGCUGUAAUGUAAACAUUGCAUUUUAUCUGAAAAGACAGUGUUUACUGCAAAAAGCAUGAAGGAAAUGAUUAUACUCACCAGAACUGCAAAAAGCUGUAGCUGUUAGCUGUAGCUGUUAUGGUGACUAUGGUGUCCCUUUAACUUACUCAUAUUGUUCUUUUGUAAUUACAGAAAUCUGCAAAUAAAAGAGAAGAAUUAAAUACCAGAAUCAUUGGCAAAAAAGAUACUCUAGCUGUUAAAUGCUUUGCUACUAAUACAGAUAUGCAAGCUAUUGAUGAUGAAAAAGAAUUAAAUUCAUAUGUAAGUGACAACAGAACUUCAAAUACAGAAGCCCUGAGGACAAUGCAGACUCAACAUAAAGAAUCUUAUCUUUUUGAAAAUGAAAAGUCUAACAUGUGCCUUGAGUUAGUGGGUAAUGUUUGUAAAAGUAGCAGCAUCUCUAAUUUGUUCGAAGAUCCACAGAGGAGGUCUGAACCUAGCCAACUAGGUAGUGAAACAAUGGAAUGCUCUGCUGUUAGUGCGGAAAGAAAAGAUAUUGCUGGAGAUGACGGACUUGAAGUGGCAUCUGUUAACCACAGACAACCAGGAAUUGUUUCUUGCAAUACUAUCUCAAAUGGGGAUUCUGUUUGUAGAGAUGGUUCUCUGGAAGUAAUGAAAGUCUAUAAUGGUUUUGCCAAGAAAAUCUCAUCAGAGAAUCUGGAUCAGACUCUCAAAUUAACCACACAGGUAGAGCUGUCUGACAGCAGUGAAAAUUGUGAUGUUUCUCAAAAGAGACCUGUAGAACAACAUGUAUCUGCACCAAUCGAGGAUAGCUUACUUGCUCAAAAAGAUGUUCGAAAAACAGUGCAACCCCUUACAACUUCAGAGUGCCUGGUAAGUAUUAUAGUAGCAAUAAUAAAUGUAUAUCUGUCUGUGUGUGAUCCUGUGUAGAGCGUUAUGUGCCACUUUAGCUUCUUAUGCUAUUAGUUUCACUUGCAAUAUAAAUAAGAACUAAGAAUUAUUUGUUUCCAGUAUGUAUUUUAAUGCAGGCAAAUUCCUCUCUAUAAGAAGGAUCUCUGCAUAUCUAUAUCCCACUGUGUUAUCUAAUCUUGAGAUACUUAGUUCCUAGCGGUGUGACUAGCAUUCCUGGGACAAACAUAGUAGGUCCUUCACUAUUUUGUGAGAAAAGAGGACUGAAACUUUAAUACUAAUUUUAAUUAAAGGAUCUGCAAUACUAUAUUCAUAUGUUAUAUCCAUAUAUUAAUUUACACAAGUGAAAUUAGUUAUAUGUGUUCGUUUAUAUUACUCUUAUAGUCAGAAAUAAUAUAAUACUGUGUAAUUCAGUCUCGUAAUAAAUAUGAAUUUUAUUGUUAUCUUUAAUUUCCUUGAACGUGUCUACGUACCUGCAGUGCAUAUAUUGGUAUGUUACAGAGAAAUAUCUGGUCAGCAUUGAGUGUUUUAUAAAUAAUUAUGCCACAUCCAAUUUAUAUUCCCUUUUUUUGUUUGCGUGUUUUUUUUGUAUUUAGAUAUAGGUGUAUUUUUAACUCAAAGUGACAUUAUAGUCAACAAAACAACUUUAGCUUAAUGAAGCCGUUUUGGUGUAUAGAACAUGCCCCUGCAGCCUCACUGCUGAAUUCUCUGCCAUUUAGGAGUUAAAUCACUUUGUUUAUGAACCCUAGUCACACCUCACUGCAUGUGACUUGCACAGCCUUCCUAAACACUUCCUGUACAGAGUCAUCUAAAGUUUAUCAUUCCUUUAUUGCAAGUUCUGUUUAAUUUAGAUUUUCUUAUCCUCUGCUAUUUUAGAGGACCACUAUAGUUCCAGGAAAACAAACCUGUUUUCCUGGCACUCUAGGGUCUUUAGGUCACCCCCACCCUCAGGGUCCCACUCCAACCAGGCUGAAGGGGGAGUAAGGGGAAAUCUCCUCCCUCUUCCGAGGUCAGCGAUGCAUGCGCGGCAAGAGCAGCACGCGCAUUCAGUCAAUCCAUAGGAAAGCAUUUCUCAAUUUCUCAAUGCUUUCCUAUGGACGUCAGCUUCUUCUCACUGUGAUUUUAACAGUGAGAAGCGCGGAAGCGCCUCUAGCGGCUGUCAAUGAGACCGCCACUAGAGGCUGGAUUAACCCUAAUGUUCUCUGAAACUGCUAUGAUUACAGCUGCAGGGUUAACCCUAGAUGGACCUGGCACCCAGACCACUUCAUUGAGCUGAAGUGGUCUGGGUGCCUAUAGUGGUCCUCUAAUAGCUUCCUAGACCCUGCAAGAGCUUCCUGUAUGUGAUUAAAGUUCAAUUUACAGAGCAAGAGAUACCAUUGUUUAAGGUAAAUUACAUCUGAUUGAAAGUGAAACCAUUUUUUUUUCCCAUGCAGGCUGUGUGAAUCAGGGGAGUCAGGAGAGGUGUGGCAAGGGCUGCAUAAACAGAAACAAAGUGAUUUAACUCCUAAAUGGCACUGAAUUGAGCAGUAAAACCUAAGAGGCAUGAUCUAUACACUAAAACGGCUUAAUUAAGCUAAAGUUGUUUAGGUGACUAUAGUGUUUCUUUAACAUCUCUUCUCUCUCUACUAAAAGAAAAAAAAGCGUUAAUUCCUUUUUAUUUUGUGUUUUAGAUAUAUCAGUUAAGAUCAUAAAAGCAGAUUAUAGCAGCAGACACUAUUUAAAAGGCCUAGUAAGGUCUAUAUGCUAACAGGGCUGAAUUGCUGCUGUCGACCAGGAAUAGGCAGUGAGUGCUGAUAAUAUGCAACUAUAACAGAUUUGCUAGUACCAAGAACAUGCUAGAUUAAAAAUAUGAGAUUGUGAAUAUUUACUAUCCAAUAUUUAAGAACUGUUUGCUCUCUUAAUAAUCUGUUUCAAAUAGAAUUCUUGUAAUUGUGUUGCUUUUAGAUGGACAAAGGGGAAAGAAAAGAGCCUGUAGUUUUACCCGAAAUUCCAUCUCCUGAAUCAGUUGCAGACCUUAAGAUGGUUAAGACAACAGGCCAAGUUACAGAAUUCACCACCUCAAAGACAGUGGCUAAUUUAGAAAUCAAAGAAAAAGAACAUGUUAAUACAUGUUUAAUGAAUGUGACUCAAGAAAAAUUAAAUAAUAAUAUAAACAGUAUAAAAGCUUUGACUGAAAAGUUUGUCUCAGUUCAGGAACAAAUAGAUUUUGAUGGUCAAAAAUCACAAGAAGAUGCUGUUAUUCCAGCAGAUACAUCUUCAGUAAAUGAUAUUGUGCCCAAUCAAGCUGGUGAUAAAAAUGGGGUGCGUACUGACCAUCCAAUCACAGACCAUGAAUCUUCGGUCGAGAUAUGCUCUUUUAAUGAUGAAACAUCCAAGCACACUUUUCUUGUUGAGACAGAAAAAAAGAAAAUUCCCUUUCAUCAAACACACGUGAAAACAGUGGUUGAACCUUUUCAAAUAUUUAAAAUAUGUGAGAGAAUCAUUCCACCCAGGGAGUUGCAUAUUACAAAAGACACAAUGGACAUUAAUGGAUUAAAUAAAAGCAUAUCACCUCCUAGAAGUCCAAGUAUUCUAUCCGACAUAUUUGUGGACGAAUGCAAUGUUGAUGAAACAGAGAGAUUAGUUGCAAAUGCUAUAAAAACACUUGAUCAAGAUCUUAACAGAGAUGGUGAUGAUUCCUACCAGAGUAGAAGCAUCCCAAGUAAUGAAACCAACACACAAGUAAAUAUUGUGUCUGUAGACCUGGUAAGUCCAGCAGAUACUCAAAAUCUUUCUGUUGGUAAUAAGGAAUCUGAGAUUAGCUCAGCAAUCGUCAUAGAUCUAGACAAGGAAGAACACAGUUCCAAGAGUAGUGGCAAAGAACCGUCAGUACUUAUUGAUGAUAAAUGUGCCUCUGAUGUUACUGAUGUGUCUAUGGACUGUACAAGUCCCGAAAGGUACAUUGGAAUGAAGAAAAAUGAGUGUGAAAUUAUUAUUCUAGAUGGUAAUAUUUCCAUGUCCAGUACAGAGCCAGAGCCUUUCAAAGAGGCAUUGAGCAUCCCUACUCAAAAUAAUGGCACAUUGCUUACACAAGGAAAAUUUGGUGAGAAUAUAGAACAGAAUAUUAUCCAGGAGCAUUCUGAUAUUUGUUUCAUAGCAAGCACAGCCAGUAUAAGUGAGGAGCAAUACGAACGCUGGUCAGAAGCUUCACAUGAGGACAUUGACUUUUUACGGCCAUCUUAUAAAGAAAGCACAGAUGUUCCAAAGAUUUCCAAUGCUAGGGAAUCUUACCCAUGCUCCCCACGUUCAUCUUCACCAGUUGAAACAUGCCAUGAACCUGUCUAUUCAAAAGAAGCAAAGAGUUUUGAAAAACAGCCUGAUUUGUUUCAGGAAGAAGAUGGGUACUUACCAAGGUACCGUAGGGACCCAGAUUACUACUGUUCUCAUAGUUCUGGGAAUAUUACGGUUACUAAUAAAGAAGCUGGUAGAACUUCCCAGACUAUAAACAGAAGAAAGUCAGAUCUGGACAGUUUAUUUUUCAGUCAAAGAAUCAUCACAGAUGACCUCACACAAAACACUCUCGAUAUGGAACAGUUACGUUUUAUUCAUAGGCUAAAGUUGGUCUUAAGAAAUGCUUGCACCGACAAGUUUUUUUCUGAGUCACCUUCCAGGACAAUUUUUGAAACUAGUAGGAUUUCUGGCUGUUCUAGUUCCUCAAACAGAAAAAGAAGUCCUCUCCUUAUCACGAUAAAUUGUUCUAACAGGAAGAAGGAAUCAAGGAGACGUAACCACUGGUAUCCAUAUCGUCGUUAUAGUCCGGUGUAUGUUGAUGAAGGACCUACCGAAAGUUCUGCAUGCAACUCCAGAACUCCAAAGAAAGUCAGAGCAUACAAGCGAGCGUCAUCACCUUUUCACUUCAGUCGGUUAAAAUAUGAAAAUAAGCUUGAGAAAUCAAACAAUGACAUUUCACUGAUUCUUAAUGAGUGCGUUCAGACGAAUCACUUAAAAUUAAGUAGGGUGAGUUUAGGUAAUACAGUAACAGACCGUACAUUGAACAGAGAGUUUGUAGAUGAGUGUGUGCAGACAAAAAAGACAUUUGCUCCUCUUUCACAUAAAGUGCCUGCUGUUAAAAACAUUAUUUCUGACCUCUGCACCAGCCUGCAUUCAAGAUUACACAGCGUUGCCAAGGAAUAUAGCCAGAGGAAAUUUAGGUUUUACAUCCAUGAAACCAGUGAUGAUCCUUUCUUUUCACAAACCAAGGUAACUAAAUCUGUCAACUUUUACUAUUUUUUUAGGAUAACAUUUAAAUAUCUGUGUAUAUUUAAUCCCCUAAGGACUGAGCCAAAUGUGCACGUUUUGAUCAAAAUAAAACAUAAACAAAACUUGCAAUUUGACUGUCUGUUAAACCGUAAUUCACCUCUUUCAUAUUAAGUGCACCCACACUUAUUAUAUAUCAUUUUAUUUAGAGGAAAUAGGGCUUUCAUUUAACAUCAAAUUUUUAGUUAUGAAACAUAAUUUAAUAUGAAUAAAAUAUUUUUUUUAAAAAGUGAGAAAUUAAGAAUUUUUAUUAUUUUAGUUCUGCAUGACAUUUUAACUGAAUAUCAUAAUACUGCUUGCUUUUACUGCAAUAAAAUACACAUAUUUGUAUUCAGCGAUGUCCCCUAUGUACAGCUUUUAUGGUGUUUUGUGAAGUUACAGGGUCAAAUAUAGCAUGUUGCAUUUUACAUUUUCUUCACUUUGAAAUUCGCCAGAUUGGUUACGUUGCCUUUGAGACCGUAUGGUAGCCCAGGAAUGAGAAUUACCCCCAUGAUGGCAUACCAUUUGCAAUAGUAGACAACCCAAGGUAUCACAAAUUGGGUAUGUCCAGUCUUGUUAGUAGCCACUUGGUCACAAACACUGGCCAAAUAUUUUUACAUAAUUAAGUAAUUUUAUUGAUUGCAAUUUGGGGGACCUGCCUGACAACCCAGGCAGAAAGUCCAGAGAAUUUAAUUUGCCAGCACUAUAUUUAACCCUGUAACUUUCCAAGACACCCUAAAACCUGUACAUGGGGGAUACUGUUUUACUCGGUAGACUUCGCUGAACACAAAUAUUAGUGUUUCAAAAUGGUAAAACAUAUCACAGCGAUGAUAUUGUCGGGGAAAGUGAAGUUUUUUGCAUUUUUCACGCUGAUGAUAUUGUUGUAAUACGUUUUACUGCUUUGAAACACUAAUAUUUGUGUUCACGAAGUCUCUCGAGUAUAACAGUACCCCCCCUUGGUUAUGUUGCCUUUGAGAGCAUAUGGUAGCCCAGGAAUGAGAAUUACCCCCAUGAUGGCAUACCAUUUUCGAAAGAAGACAACCCAAGGUAUUGCAAAUGGGGUAUGUUCAGUCUUUUUUAUUGGCCAAAGUUAGCGUUCAUAAUUGUUUUUUGCAUUUUUAACACACAAACAGAUGUAAAUGCUAACUUUGGCCAUUGUUUGUGACUAAGUGGCUACUAAAAAAGACUGGACAUACCCCAUAUUGAAUACCCUGGGUUGUCUACUUAACAAAAAUAUAUGGUUUGAUGGGAGUAAAUUACAUUGGCCGGCUUAAAAAAUAUCCCAAAUAGGACAUGGGUGCCUGAUGACCAGCUGUGAAAAUUCCAGGUUGGAAACCUGGAAUGCGCACCCUCCAAAUAAGUUUUGUUUGUUUUUUAGCCCCCAGAGAACCUGAGACACCUAUACAUGGGUGGUAUCACUGAACUCAGAGUUGUUGAACACAUAUUUGGGUGUUCUUUGGCAGUAACCUUUAAAGUUCUCUGUAAAUGUAUUCUUAAAUUGCUAUGUGUGUCAAGAAAAUCACCUAUUAUUAUUUUUUUAAACUUGGCAUAGAUUGGUGGUAAAAUGGUUGCAUGAAAAGAGUCAAAAUACCCAAGUUUAAUACCUUAGGUUGUCUUCUUUUAAAACAGUACAUACAUGUAAAGGGUUAUUACGGAAUUCCUGAAAGAUAUCAGUGUUACAAUGUAACUUUAAUGUUAAUUUUGAAAGAAAAUGGUUUGGAAAUAACAAAGUGCUACUUGUACUUAUAGCCCUAUAACUAUAAACACAACACCGCAGAAAUGUAAACAGCCCUGGUCCUUAACAGUAAGAAAAUUGAAAAGCGGUCUGGUCACUAAGGGGUUAAAGGAAAACUAUAGGGUCAGGAACACAAACCUGUAUUCCUCACCCUAAAAUGUUAAAACCACCAUCUGGUCAUCCAGGACCCCCCCUUCCCUCCUCCCCUCCCUUCUCCCCUGGGUGCCAGUUCCCUCAGGUUUUAACCCUUCAGAUGUAAACAUAGCAGUUUCAGAAAUGUUACAUAGCAUGGUUAAUCCAACCUCUAGUGGCUGUCUUCUUGACAGCCGCUAGAGGCGCAUCUGCGACGCUGGAUGAGACUUUCGCAUCCAGCGUGCAGAACGUCCAUAGGAAAGCAUUAGAAAUGUUUUCCUAUGGACUGUUUGAAUGCGCACGCGGAACUUGUCGUGCAUGCGCACUCCACUCCAGAGCUGACGUCGGCGGGGGAGGAGAGGUCACCAGCGCCGAGGGAGCCUGGCACUGCAUUUAGGUAAGCUGCUGAAAGGGUUAUAAUCUCUUUAGCACCACAGGAUGGGGACCCUGAGGGUGGGGGAACCCUUAGGGCACUAUAGUGUCAGGAAAGUGUUUUCCUGACACUAUAGUGAUCCUUUAAGCUACAUACAACACAUGAUGAGUCAAGUGAAAUGCCUAGUAAUAGCAGGCCUCUUACAAGUAAACAAAUAGAUUAAUCAAGUGUUAUGCAUAUUGUGGUAAUAUCUGUUAAGCCUUCUUUGAACCUGUUAACUAGAUAGUCUGUGAUUGACAGGCUCAUUUUAAGGUUCACCAUUUCUUUAUAUUCAGCAUUUUGCUAAAUUUGUGCUGAAUCAGGCUUUUACUUUAUGAUACAUAAACAUAUAUUGUGGGAAAUCUGCCAAACAAUUUUUGCUCCAUUGACUUAUGCCUUACUUUAGAAUUUCACAGAUUUAGUUAGCAUGUUUAGUUAUUUACUGUUAUUUAUUUUCUGCCCAAAGAGCCUGCUGAAGAAAGAUGGCCAUACUGCCACAGAACCUCAUCACUUCUGUAACAGCAAGCACAUGGAGUCAGAGAGGCUACUUGUCAUCAUAAGGAAUGAAGACAUAUCUUCUCAUAUACAUAAGGUAUGUGCUUCACCCCCUAUAGUCAAUAAUUUCUCUCUCUCUGCCAAGUCCUAUGUCACUAGCCAGGCUUUAGAAGUUACUUGCUACUACAAGUCUACAUUGAACACGCACUAUGAAUGAACUACUCGUCAAGCUAAGUUUUCAUUCACCAAUGAGUACUGGUGAGGGCACAUUUUGAGCCCUGCGUAUGUGUUUAAAUACAUAUACUUUAAAAAUAAGAUCUUCCUUUUAAUAGCAAGUGACUUACUGAUGCAUUUAAAAAAAAAAAAAAAAAAAAAGAAUGGCUCCAAAAGACCAUUGACAUGCUGCUUUUCUUAUACUUCCCACACUUAAAGCAAUGCUGUUAAUGUCUGUGCUGGUGUACACUGUUGCCAUCCAUGUGAUGUACAAACCUAUGAGAGUUAUUUACUAAUGGUUAAAUUAAUCUGUGCAAAUUUAGCUGUUAAAAAAAAAAAAAAAAAAGAAAAAGCUCUAUCUCGUUGGCAAACUUAUCCAACACUGCCUGUUUUUUGUAGGACAUUUUUUAGUGACUUAGCAAACUGGUCACCAGAGAAAAAAAAAACUUGUUAAAGUUUGUCCAUAUUAGGAAUAUGCAUGUGUUGACAGGGGGAUGGAGUCUUACAAUAUGAAACAUACACAUAUAUCAACUAGAAGAUAAUGUGAUAAAUAUCCUAUCUCAUUUACAGGGUAAGAAGUAAUUUAUAAAGUAUAUAUUAAAUUUAGCUUUUUUUUUAUCAAAAUUGUGGUUCUAUGAUAGUACAAUACAUAGGCUUGAAUAGGUGGUUGGGUCCAGUAGAAAUAGGUAGCUCUGUUUAAGUCUGGUGAUAUUCUUGGAAAGCUAUCUUCGCAAAACCCAAAUAAGUUGUUAAAGGGAUCCUAUAGUGCCAGGAAAAAAAACUUGUUUUCCUGGCGCUAAAGGUUUAAUAGGUCCCCCACUCCCUCAGGGCACCCCUCACGCGGUGCUGAAUGGGGUUUAAGCCUUCAGCCACUUACCUGAAUCCGGCGCUGGGACAGGAUCCGCCCAUGCUCUUCCACAGCUCGCUGGGGAGAUCGCAUGCGCGGCAAUGGCUGCGCGCAUUAGACCUCCCCAUAGAUAAGCAUUCCUAUGGGGAAGAUCUGACACGUGAGGUUCGUGAGGACGUCCAGCAUCAGAUAACCGACCAAAGGUCAGUUUGGAUUCCGGAAGCCUUCUAGUGGCUGUCUGUUAGUCAGCCACAGAUGGCAGACCUAGAGCUGCAAUGUUUUACAUUGCAGCACUAAGUGCAAAAGGGCCACAGCACCCAGACCACUUCAAAGAGCUGAAGUGGUCUGGGUGCCUACAUUGUCCCUUUAAUUGUUUACAACACUGCUGAAAUAAGGGCUUUAUAUAAAAAAAAAAAAAAAAAACAUUAUUCAUGUUUUAACAUGUCUCUGUGUAUGCAUGUAAGAUUUCUCUCUCUAUCCCUACAGAUUCCAUGUUUGGUGCAGCUAAAGUUGGACCCUAAUGUGUCUUUUGUUGGUGUGGACUGUCCAGAAGACAUAACAGAUUCUAAUUAUGAGGACCUUUUUCAGGCUGGUGGUUUUGUGGUUUCUGAUCCAUCUAUUUUGGAAUCUAUGACAUUAGGUUAGUCUUUGUUAAUUUAUUAAUUAUAUUUCUUCUUUUCUUGAGUAUAAAUGGAAGAAGCCUUUUCUGCUUUUACUGUGUUGUCUUUACUGAACUUUAAACACAGAAUAAAGAAAACUGCCCCAGCUUUACGCUGAUAUGAGUCACGAAAUGCUGUCUACUCUAUAUAAUGAAGGGUAGGAUGUAAGAACUAUACAAUUAUGGUAAUAUGUGAGAAUAAAACUAGGCAGAAACUAUACAGAUUACUUACGACAAAGUAAUCUGUUGGUGCUUAGACCAGAUACUAAUAAGAGUAGUUGUCUACAAAGAUUUUUGAGUUAUGACACUCAUGGACUAUUGCCACAUAAAAUAGCUUUUUAAAAUUUCUAGUAACAUAGGUAGUAAUAAACCUUAAAUCAAACAUAAACGUAUUAGCUAAUCACAACACAUUACGAUAAUGUUGAUAACAUUUUAUUUUUCACAAAAUUACUUUAUGCUAAUUACUUACUCCAUUAAUAGGGUUAUUCACUGAACUGUGAAUUGUGGAAAAUUCUAAUCUAAAUUGCAGAAUGUAUUCAAAGAUAGCCAAGCUGUGGAUAUAUUUUUUUUUAAAUAGAGUUGGAGGAAUUCCAGAUAAGCUAUUUUAGUCUCCUAGUGAAUUCUUUAGGGAAUGGUUAAUUUUAGACUAAAACAGAGUUUGAAAACAAUUUGAAUUCUCAAAAUGUUUUCCCAUAUCCGGUAUUUUGGCCUAAGCUUUACAUUUCACUUGUCAGUUCAAUAUCGUUUACUAUUUACUGAAUGCAAACCAUUAAUUUGUUUGUAUUUUCUUGUGUAGUGUGCAUGUUUUCUUUCUUGUAACAAAAUCCAACAUGGUGCCUCCUCCUAAACCAUGGUUGAACAUGUUGAUCCAGUGUUGAAAGCUACCCUAGUAUUUAGUUCUUUGGCACAUGCAGUUUUUAGGUCUUUGUACCUAAUUACAAUUAUUACUGAAAUUGUAUUGUUAGUAAAUGUUACAAUUAAUGUAUAAACUUUUAGUGUGUUCUUGGUUUUUAUGACUAGGUAUCCUUAUUUAUGUUCAUAUUUUGCUUUCUGUUCACUCUUUCAUGUGUGUGUGUGUGUGUGUGUGUGUGUAUAUAUAUAUAUAUAUAUAUAUAUAUAUAUAUAAAUAUUUUUUUUUAAUUUUUUUUUAAAUAAAUCCUGACAUGGUGUAAUUUGUUGUUCAUCUUAGGUUGUAUUUAUCUUAUUUUAAGACCUGAUAAAGAACAGAUUAUUGUUAUGUCUUGAUAUAUAAACCCAUAGAAUUCAAAGAGAGCGUACUUUUCUUUUUCCUGUGACUAAUAAUAAUAUUUGCAGUGCAGGGUUAGGUUCUUUUUUUCCACACCCUUUUUUUUCAUCCAAAGCAUUUUCCUGAAUUGUUUGCAUGCCUAAAAUGUAAACAAACCAAAACAACCUCAUCAAUGAAAUUUGGUCAACUGAAUUAAACAUUUUUUUUUCUGUCUGAGGCAAAGAUUUUCCUCUGUGCAUAAAUCUACUUUAAGAUAUUUCUAAAAUUGUAUUUAAUUUAUUGUCUUUCCAUAUAAUUAUAGGGAAGGUAAAGGAUGUCGCUGCAGUAUUGGAGACAUUGAACAAGGCAUCAGUUUGGAAGUGGCUUGUGCAUUAUAGAGAGAACAGAAAACUGAAAGAAGAUAAAAGGUAAACCAUCUUUUGAAUAUUUUUCUUUUACUCCUCCAGUUUUAAAAGAUAUUAGACAGUUGUUAGCAAGUAGUUUCAUAAUAGGCAGAGUUUGCCACUUAGCAGGCUGCAGCAGCACUCAACUUCUGUUCAAACUUUAUUAUGUCCCUUUAAGGCAAUUAAAAAAAAAAAAAAAAAAAAGCUUAUAAUCUAUUUAUUACUUGGGUAGAUCAUGCUUUCGAAUGAUUGGAUAAUUAUGCAGGAAUCACCUCCACACAUUCUAGGGGCUCUAAUCUUAAACAGGACAUGAGUCACGCUGUCGAGUGGUACCUACAACACUUUAAUGACGACAGCCACCGGGGAUUGUCCCACUAAUCUCAGGUAGCAUUGGGCAUAUUUCUGAAGACCUUUCUAAACUAUUUGAUUAUUUUAAAGGGACACUCUAAGCAAUAAAACAGCUUACGCAUAAUGAAACAGUUUUUAAGUACAUAUCAGGGGUAGGCAACCUUUGGCACUCCAGAUGUUGUGGACUACAUCUCUCAUUAUACUCUUACAGCCAUAAUUUUGGCAAAGCACCAGUGGAGAUGUAGUCCACAACAUCUGUAGUACGAAAGGUUGUCUACUCAUUGUAGAGAUUAAGCCCCUGCAGUCUCACUGCUCGACUCUCUGCAUGUCCAUGCAACCCUAGCCACAACUCCCCUGGCUGUGACUGACACAGCUUGCAUGAAAAAAAAGUGACUGCUUGAGAGCACAGGCAGUCCCCCUCAAGCCGAUCUGGCCUUCCCGGGCCAUGUGAUUGCGGGGUCCUAACAGAACAGCCGUCUUGUGCAUUGCCUGAAGUGGGAGUGCCUGAAAUGUCAGACAGUCCCCCUAAUGCCCGCAAAAAAGUUGUUACGUUUUUAAACUAUUUAUGAACACACAUAGAAGUAAAGGAUUUAAACCAUUUAUGAACACACAUAAAAGUAAUUCAAAUAAAUAUAUAUAUAUAUAUAUAUAUAUAUAUAUAUAUAUAUAUAUAUUUAUUUGUGUUAGGUGCUUAAGAUAGUACAGUGUGAAAUACCAUGAAUAAACGUAGGAUAAUAAAAGCAGCAAGUCGGUUGUGGUGUGCCGAAACCGACGAUGAGGUAGGCCUGAGAAAGAAGAGGGCAAAAAUUAAGUAAUCAAAUUUAUUAACAGACAACCAAUACAUAUACAUUUUAUCAACCAGACAUGUUUUUGCAAGCAUCCCUUAAUUCUUGUACUGGGUUUGGUAUGUACCGUGAGUAAGCGGAUGACUUCCAGCGCCCCAGUGUUUUGAUAACAUGAGUUGGGAUGUUGACACUGGAGGCUGUGGACGUGGCUCCUAUACGAAAGGAGUGUCCUGAGUAUUUGCCUGCGUUGAGGCCCAGUUGUGUGAUCAAGGACCUGACGUAGGUCAUGAAGGUUUCAGUGGUGAGUACUGCAUCUUGUAGUUGUAGUAACGGUUGCAGGGGCAGUAAGUUAUGGUGCUGUAUGUAGGCAUCAAGAACCCUGACGGGACACCAUCUGUUGUGCGUGGGAUAGUACGGAAUGUUUACGGGUAUGUGCUGACUGGUUUUGGAGUGAGGUAAAGUCAGGAUGUAAUGAUCCAUAUGUUUUGUCAAGUGGGAAUAGAGGAGGAACGGAGUGGUUUGGGUCGUGGAGGUUGUAGUGAAUUCUCUAGGUCGUAGAAAUCCAUAGAAAGCAAUGUAUAUUGCUGUUUUGAUGAUAGAAUUUGUAUUGGUGUCAAGCAGGUUAAAUAAUGCUUUGAAGAUAUGGUUAUCUAUGGGUAGCCUCUGGGCUGUAUGUGUGGGUUCUGAUUUCUGAAUACCUCUGAGUAUGGUCUUAAUUUGGUGAGAGGCCAUGAAACUGUUGUUAUUUGGGUGUAAGAUUAGCAUGUGGUGUUGAAUGCCAGUGAGAUAGAGUUUGAUGGUGUUGUAUGACAUUUUGAGUUUAAGGUGGCAAAAGGAAGCAAACCCCCAAAAAGAUGUCAUAACAAACGGUUGUAUGAUGUUAUGUUCCAGAAGGAAUCGUUUGAAUAGUGUGAAAGCCUUGCUGUAUGUUUUGUUUGUAUUGUUUGAAAGCGCCAAUUGGGACAAUGUCCUGCUAUGCUGCAUGAUGUCUAGUCCAGUAUAAGUUGUAGAAAUGUUGGAGUGACGGUGGCUGUGGGCGAUGCUGACGGGAGUGCUUGAUGAAACUCCUGAAAUUUAAAUCGAGACAAAUUGUCAGCAGCUGUGUUACAUACACCUGGAACAUGGAAACAACAUAGGAAGAAAUUAUGACAAGCUGCCAACCAAGUGAGUUUCCUCAGAAAUCUCAUGAUCGUAAGAGAUUUGGAACGACCUUUGUUGAUGAUGUGACAGGUUGCCUGGUUGUCUGAGUAACAACGCACUGGCGUAUUAGCCCAUAAAUGACCCCAUGCUACGGCAGCCGCCACUAUGGGAUAGAUCUCAAAAAGAGCUGAGGUAGUGGAAAAACCUUCCAAAUCCUGAACUGCUGAAGGCCAGCUGCCCCAAAGCCAUUCGUUCCCAAAAAUUGCUGCAAAACCAGUGGUAGAUGCCGCAUCUGACCAAAUGGUAGGAGAUGAUUCAGUCAAUUGAGGGAGGAACAUACUUUUACCAUUCCAAGUGGUUAAAAAUCUCUUCCACAUGUUUAGAUCUGCCAUAGCUUGGGCAUCUAAGGACAACCUGUACGUGUCAUGUAGGAAAAGUGGGAAAAGAUGCAAUAGUCGUGAUAUAAAGGAGCGGCCUUGAGGUAUGAUGUGCAUAGCAAAAUUUAGUGACCCUAGCAGGGACUGUAGCUCUUUGCGGUUGCAAGUGCCGAGCUGUAGGUAGUUGUUUAUGUAAGUGAGAAUAUUCUCUAUCUUAUCGUAUGGUAGGCUUGCUUGCAUUGUGGCAGAAUCUAAUUGGAUACCCAGAAAAGUGAUAACCGUGUCUGGCCCCUCUGUUUUCUUUGGGGAGAUGGGUACACAUAGUUGCUCAAAAAGCUUAGUGGUAGCUUUGAGACUAGUGGGAGGCGAAGUAUUCUCCUUGACCAGUAGGAAAUCGUCCAGGUAAUGUAAUACCGUAGGGUAUCUGGCUAUGUCCAAUAGUAACCAGCAUAAUGCUUCAGCAAAUGUGUCGAAAAUAGCUGGGCUACUUUUGGACCCAAAAGUUAACCGGGAGAAAAAUAGUAAUUCCCGGACCACUUGAUGCCAUGCAGGUGCCACAGUGUGGGGUGGAUUGGGAGUAAUUUAAAGGCGUUAGCAAUGUCGGUCUUACUGAGCCAGGCUCCAACCCCUGCUUGUAUGAUAGCUGUAAUGGCGUGAUCUAUGGUGGUAUAUUUCAGAGAGAAUUCCUCAGAGAGUAUAAGGGAAUUAAGACUUGGGUGCCGAUAAGUCAAUGAUGAGUCUCUGUUUUUGGGAAGAUUUCCCUGUGACAAUACCAAUGGGGUUGGUGCGCCAUUCUAUGAAUGGAGGAGUUCUAAAAGGCCCCAAUACGAAGCUCUCAUCCACUUCUUGGGCUAUGAGGGUGUCAACCGCUGUGGGGUUGUGUUGGGCGGAUUGUAGAUUAGGGCAUUCUAGAGUUCCGGCUGGUAUGUGGAGGAUACCUGUGUGGAAGCCUUCUGUUAAACCAGAAAUAAGAAAGUCUACCAGGUGUCUAGAUGGGUGCUGAGACAUAAAUGCUGUGAAUACUGGCAUAUUAAUGGACGUUAGGUAAGGCUUGGAAUACAUUUUAUUUGGACACAUGGUCUUUGCAUGUGCCCUAAAACAUUUUGAACAGACAUGUAAUAGUCUACAUCCACUGUAAUUACAAGACCCAACAUUGAAAUUAUUACAUAUCUGGGACUUGCCCAGAAACUUGAUUGUGCGUCCCAGUUUGUCUCUUGACAAUUUCCCUGGAUCCCCAGAGGAACUAGCUCCUUGCGUGGAGGCAUGUCCGUCCGCCGUGUUGGGACAAAAAAUUGUAGUAUGGGCUGUGGAGGAGCAGUAUGCACAAGCUGGUGUUCUUAGACCUGCAAAAUGUCUGCAAAAUAUGACGGUAUCAAUCCUUCCCCAGUUGGAUCGUGUUCCGUACUGGGAGAAGGCUCCAGACACUUUUGCAGAAAAAGACCUAUGGUAGUCAUAGAAGGCUGAACCACCAUAUUUGUUCCCCAGGUCUACCAGCUUGUGCAUAUAGAGAUCAAACUCCUCUCUUCUGUUGGGAUAGACCGCACAGAUGACAUCCCUGUAAAUACCAAACGCUAGUACAAAUUCAGGGAUAGUCAGUUUCCUGUUCAGGCGGGCAUCCCUAGAUCUGACAACAUCAUCAUAAGCAUACGUCUUAUUUUCCACAAUAUCCUGGGAGGCAAUCAACAGGGAAGCCAGGUUGACAUCUUUACCUUCCAGGAUAUCCUUUUUAAUGUGUUCAGGUAUCAUGUGGGCCGGGCUAACUUCCUGGUCAUCCAGGGUGAUGGCUGGAGCGACUAAUGGCAAGGCUGGUGUUUGUGCCGCAGCAGCGGGUGGCCCUGCUAGAGUGAGGGCCGUGGUGACCGACUCAAGUUUCUCCUGCCUGGAGUUGACCUUGCUCAUGGACGCCAUGAGUGAGGAUAACAUGGCAUGUAUGUCUCCUGGGUUGGACUGGCUAGAUCCUUCCCCGGCAUCCAUGUUACUUGUCGAUGUGCGUAGCAGUUUGAAAAGUUCUGCUUUCCUUGCUGUAGCGGGGUAGGGGAUUUGUCCUCUCCUUAAUUCCGUGGUUAUACGCGGGAUCGUCCAAGAUCUGAUUGAUGCUGGACUAGCUAGCUCUCCUCCUUGUGUGGGAGUGACAGCUCUAGCCGGGGUGCUAGGCAGGGAGAAAUCCUCUACCCCUUCCUGAGACAUACUAUAAAUAAAACAAUUAAUUAGUAUAUGAAACCACCAAAUUGUACUGGCAGGCUAGCUAGGCCGGAUGGCGAAAGCAUUAUACUUGUUUGGUGACAGGGUGAGGCCCUGCUAAUUGCCAAGCGGCUUGAGAGGCUCUAUCUAUGCGUUGGCGCGAGGGGUUAUUGAGGCCACUCGACGUAGUGGCAGGAGUUUUAGGCCUCUCGGUGACUGUAAGACAGAAAACAGGGGAAGGGAGUGACAGGUGAGGCCCUCUCUAUGCAACAUGCGAGGCGGCUAGUUAACGUGUGGCCCGAUGGGUGUUUGCCUCUGGAACGUUUGAGGCGGGGUGUUGGCCUCGUGGGACCACUAACUGAUGGCGACUGCCAAGACGGGGUAAAUACCUAUUGGGAAUCCUGUAACCCUAUUGCCAGUACUCUAACCUAGGGGGACAAAAUGAAAUGUAUGGUAAAAUACCAUAUGAGCAGGUGUACGUACCUGGUAGGAUGACAAAUUCACAGGAAUAAACCGUGUGGAGCAAAUAUAUAUAAGCUUGAGAGUAGUAUGAUGAGUGUGGAUUGUUGAAAAGAACAGACUUAUAGCCUGUAGCAGCAAUGUUUGGAAAAAUGUUGAUACCAUGGGAAUAGAUAUGAGUGGCUCAGAAAUGUUUGCAUGCUUAAAUAAGACAUCUGAGGGAGGCCGUGGCCUAUGUACAAACAACAUAUGUGUUAUGUGAUAAUGGUGUGUAAGGGAAACUUGAAAUGUAGGUCAUAUAUAUAUAUAUAUAUUACUGUGCAGGAAACGUAUGAUUGGUUGGAUCAGUACGUGUGAUUCAACCCGAGUAUGCAUGAAAAGGAAUUAAGCCUUAUGUGUCAUAGUCAUGACAGAGAAAUUAGGCCUGUAACGUAGGCUGAGUUAAUUGAAAUUAAAUGGAUAAUUAUAAAACUCCUGGCGUGGGAGUUCAAUGAUCCGUACAGAAAUGUAGCUGUUUUGAUAGAAAGGAACUUGGAUGAGGUCAUGGCCUAUUUUACACAGCGUUAGGUAUGAUAUAUAGUAGAAUAACCAAAGGCAGGGAUACCCAAAAAUGCUUAAAGUGAUGUAAGGUGAUGUAUGUAUAUGAUAUAUUGUAUUGUAUGAUUGGUUGGAUCAGUACGUGAUUCAACCUGAGAAUUAUAUGCUUGAAAUUAACCUGUAUCCUUUGUAUGUGUCGUAGUAAUAACACAGAAAUGAGGCCUGUAACAUAGGCUGAGUCCAUUUGGAUGAAUGGAUAAGUAAUAGAGGCCCCUGAAAGCGUGGGAGUCAAAAAAUGGUCUAUACAGAUAAGUGGACUUGGUUUGUAUGGACAUAAUACAAUACUGAAAACAUUUAAAAAGUAAUAGAAAUAACCUAUUUAAACAAGCAAUUCUUAACCGAAUGUUAUAUACACACGAAAUGGUGAAUAUAAUUCACGAAAGGAUUAUGCGUAAUACAUAGAAAUAAAGCCGAAAACAAAUGUGAGGGAAACACAGAAGUUAGAACUAAUUGUUUAACCGUAUGAACUUAUGCGAACCGAAAGCGUGUUUGAGCGUAUAUGAAAAUUGCCGAACGGCAAAACAACCGAAUGGUAAUCCGUUUCAAUGUAACAUGGAAUAGUUUAUGCGAAAUGACUAUUGUACGAGUAAACUGUUCAGCCGAAUGACCGUAUGAAUGAAAAAACCCGCGAACGGCUUGAAACAUUUGUGACAUAACCAGGGAAAUACCGUAAAGCGAGGACCCGUGCUGUACCGUACGCCGUGGGAACUGGUCCUGGCGUGACAGGUAGGUCUGACUUACGGUUUAGGAGACCCUGGGACGCGAUCUACGACGAAGACCGGAGUCAGAAGAAGCUGGACGGGCGGAAAGGCCUGAACAGGAUUCCUGGACACCGCUAACGUGGUGAAAAACCUUGUGGAUACUGAACCCAAGAUGGCGUCUGAGAGAACCCGGAAGUGGAUCCUCAUUCAACGCUGACCUCGAAUGGUAAGGAGCCAGGUAAGGGGAGUGCCUUAAGUAGGCUAGGGGUAGCAAGCCAGCACCUCCCAGAAAUCCAGGCAAAUUGCCUUAAUACAUAUAUAUAUAGUGUGUGUAUGUAUAUGUGUGUAUAUAUUUAUAUAUGUAUAUAUACAGUAUCUCACAAAAGUGAGUACACCCCUCACAUUAUUUUUUAAUAUUUUAUUAUAUCUUUUCAUGUGACAACACUGAAGUAGCAAGUGUACAGCCUGUAUAACGGUGUAAAUUUGCUGUCCCCUCAAAAUAACUUUUCCAGCACUGCCUUAACCCUCAUGGGCAUGGAGUUCACCAGAGCUUCAUAGGUUGCUACUGGAGUCCUCUUCCACUCCUCCAUGACGGCAUCACGGAGCUGGUGGAUUUUGGAGACCUUGCGCUCCCCCACCUUUCAUUUGAGGAUGCCCCACAGAUGCUCAAUUUAGGUCUGGAGACAUGCUUGGCCAGUCCAUCACCUUUACCUUCAGCUUCUUUAGCAAGGCAGUGGUCGUCUUGGAGGUGUGUUUAUCAUGUUGGAAUACUGCCCUGCAGGCCCAGUCUCUGAAGGAAGGGGAUAAUGCUCUGCUUCAGUAUGUCACAGUACAUGUUGGCAUUCAUGGUUCCCUCAAUGAACUGUUGCUCCCGAGUGCCAACAGCACUCAUGCAGGCCCAGACCAUGAAACUCCCACCAUCAUGCUUGACUGUAGGGAAGACACACUUAUCUUUGUACUCCUCACCUGGUUGCUGCCACACGCGCUUGACACUACUGAACCAAAUAAGUUUAUUUUGGUCUCAUCGGACCACAGGGCAUGGUUCCAGUAAUCCAUGUCUUCAGCAAACUGUUUGAGGACUUUCUUGUGCAUCAUCUUUAGAAGAGGCUUCCUUCUGUGACGCCAUGCAGACCAAGUUGAUGCAGUGUGAGCACUGACAGGCUGGCCCCCAACCCCUUCAACCUCUGCUGCAAUGCUGGCAGCACUCAUACGUCUAUUCCCCAAAGUCAACCUAUGGAUAUGACGCUGAGCACGUGCACUCCAGCUUCUUUGGUCGAACAUAGCAAGGCCUGUUCUGACUGGAACCUGUCCUGUGAAAGCGCUGUAUGGUCUUGCCCACCGUGCUGCAGCUUGGUUUCAGGGUCUAGGCAAUCUUCUUAUAGCCUAGGCCAUCUUUAUGUAGAGCAACAAUUUUUUUUUUUCAGAUCCUCAGAGAGUUUGCCGUGUGGUCCCAUUUUGAACUUCCAGUGACCAGUAUGAGAGAGUGUGAGAAAGAGAACACAAAUUUAACACACCUGCUCUCCAUUCACACCUGAGACCUUGUAACACUAUCGAGUCACAUGACACCAGGGAGGGAAAAUUGUUAAUUGGGCCCAAUUUGGACAUUUCCACUUAGGGGUGUACUCCCUUUUGUUGCCAACGGUUUAGACAUUAAUGGCUGUGUGUUGAGUUAUUUUGAGGGGACAGCAAAUUUACACUGUUAUACGGGCUGUACACUUACUACUUUACAUUGUAGCAGAGUAUCAUUUCUUCAGUGUUGUCACAUGAAAAGAUAUAAUAAAAUAUUUACAAAAAACUUGUGUGAGAUACUGUAUAUACAUAUGUAUAUUUCUAUUUCUCUCUCUCUCUCCCCCUCUCUAUAUCUAUAUAUAUCUAUAUCUAUAUAUCUCAAAAAGAACCGCAUUCCCAUGACUUGUAUUAGAUGAAUAAAACCUAGCUUUUAUUUAUUCCAUUAAAGGGGUCAUAAAAGAGAUCAAUGUUUCAGCUCCAGCAUGGAGAUUUCAUCAGGACAAACUUAUGAACAUAUUGGCAUAAUGAAACCGUAAAUAACAAGGUUUAUUAAGGAAAAUAAAGAUGUAAUUUUAAAAAAUCAACAUGGCGACACCGUCUUAAUCACGUGAUCGCCGCUGAUGCGAUUGUGGCAUACUUAAGAAUUAAUAAAAGCCCAAAAUCGGGAGUGGUUAGUACUUGAGAGCGGGACUAGGGAAAGGAAAAAGGAGCCAAAUCGAGGGUUUUAGGGAGGGAUAUAGAUAAAACAUUUUGUAAGCAAAAUGCUCCAGAACUGCUGAACACUGUUGGAGAAAGUCUCACUGUGCGUCUGACUUUCUCCACUAUAAAUUUAAUCUUGAGCUCAUACAGCUUGCCUCUUUCCUCUGCAAAAGUAAAUUACUUCAGUACCCUCAUAACCACACUCUCCCGCGAAGCCAAACGACUAUUUCACACAUUUAACUCUCUUCUUCACCCUAUUGUUCCUCCUCCACUUACUAACGUGAAAGCCUCAGACUUUGCAACUCACUUCACUGGCAAGAUCUCUACAAUCAGGGAAGAGAUCUCUCAUCUUUCUUCUACCCCUUACAAUACUUCCCCUAACCACUCCCUCUGCUGUUCUAUGUUCAUUUGCACCCGCAACAAUGGAAGAGGUUUCUGCUCUGCUCCAGUCCUCCGCCCCACCACCCGCUCCCUAGAUCCAAUUCCCUCGCAUCUCAUCUGUACUCGGUCUUCUCUUUCACCAACUCUCACUAAAAUUCUCAAUCUCUCUCUCCUCUGGCAUAUUUCCAUCGCCCUUCAAACAUGCAACUAUAACCCCAAUUCUAAAGAAGCCCAACCUUGACCCCAACUCCCCAUCCAACUACCGUCCUAUCUCGCUACUGCCUUUUGCAUCCAAAAUCCUUGAAAGAGUUGUGUAUGCGAGAUUGACAGAAUUCCUCAAGUCCAACUCUCUGCUAGACCUGCUUCAGUCUGGUUUCCGCGCUAAGCACUCUGUGAAAAAGCACUGACCAAAGUAUACAGUGAUCUAUUCGCUGCAAUAUCUCGUGGUCACUACUCUAUCCUAAUUCUCCUUUACCUGUCUGCAGCUUUUGACACUGUUGAUCAGCAUUAGCUUCUACUCAUCCUCCGCAAUAUCGGCCUACAAGAUAUUGCUCUCUCCUGGUGUUUCUCCUACCUCUCCCAGCGCUCUUUCAGUGUUUAUUUCUCUGGCUCUGCUUCUUCUUCCCAACUCUUCUCUGUUGGAGUGCCAACAGAUACGGGCUCCCUCGGUAAACUCAUUAGCUCCUUUAGCUUCCAAUAUCAUUUAUAUGUGGAUGACACACAAAUCUACCUGUCCUUUCCUGAUCACUCCCUGUCACUAUUGACCAGUGUCUCUGACUGCCUCUAUUUCUAACUGGAUGGCUGCCCACUUCCUUAAACUCAAUUUGACCAAAACUGAAAUUCUGGUCUUUCCUUCCUCAAGUGUUGUUACUCUGUUUCCCUCUAAGUCAACGGUGCUACCAUCAGCUCCAUCACGCAGACUCGCUGCCUAGGUGUUCUUUGACUCCGACCUCUCCUUCACGCCUCAUGUUCAGUCUAUUGCCAAAUCCUGUCGUUUCCAUCUCAAAAACAUUACGCACGUCCGACCCUACUUAACGCCAUAUGUGACUAAGGUGCUGGUCCAUUCCACUGUCCUUUCUCGCCUUGACUACUGUAAUCCGCUUCUCAGUGGUCUUACGUGUUCCCAACUUGCACCAUUACAGUCCAUAAUGAAUUCGGCGGCGUGGCUCAUCUUCCUGUCCGCCCGCACCUCCCACGCCUCACCCUUCUGUCAGUCCCUACAUUGGCUUCCUGUAAGAUAUAAGGCUUAAUUUAAAAUUGUGGUUCUUGCUUUCAAAUCUCUAUAUAAUGAUGCUCCCACCUAUCUAUCCUCCGUAAUACACAAGUAUGUCCCGUCUAGACCCUUACGCUCUGCUGAAUACUUACGUCUAUCUUCUGUCUGUACUCCCACCUCUGAUGCUCGCCUUCAAGACUUCUCGAGGGCUGCACCAUUCCUGUGGAACUCACUUCCCUCCUCCGUAAGAUGCUCACCCAGUCUCCACUCCUUCAAAAAAUCAUUAAAAACCCACUUCUUCAUAAAAGCAUUUUAAUUAAACUGUUAAAAGCUCCCGACUGAUUCCUCUGUUGCAAAUGUUAUUAGUCUAAUACUAUCCUUACCUUUUGUGUCACUUUACCCCACUCCCUCUAGCAUGUAAGCACAUUGAGUAGUGCUUUCAACCCCUCUGUUCCUGUGUAUCCAACUUGUCUGGUUACAACUACAUGUCUGUUCUUCCACCCAUUGUAAAGCUCUGUGGAAUUUGUUGGCGCUAUAUAAAUAACAUAACAUAAUAAUAAUUUGGACCCCCCAAAAAAGGCAUCGAUGCCAGGUUCCAAUUAUUAAAGUAUUAAAAAUCGGUAUAUUUAAAAUAUUAGGGACAAGGGUUUGGGGGAAACUAAUUGAGAUAAAAUGCAUGGAAUAAAACAACGCAACUAAAAGUGACUUAUAUGCUUGAUAAUUAUAAAUACAUAUGCUCAGAAUAAAACAGGAAAAAAUUUAAUUUGCUCAAUAAUAAAAACAAAAAUUAAAAAGGUCAAAAUCAAUAUUAAGAACAUAUGGAGUUACAGUGUUUAAAUGAACAACCUAUUUCAUUUCUUGUAUACCCAGUUUUUUAAUUUAGUUGCCACCUCGCCAGAGAGGGGUGACUUUCUCUACAGCAAAAUUUUUUAGAAAGCUGGGAUCCUUAUUAUGAAUUAAAAGGUGUUUAGACAUUCAAUAGUUGGUAAACCCCUUUAAAAUAUUUUUCUAAUGUUUGGCUAUUCUAGUGUUUUUAGUUUUCUAUGUAUUGCAGGCCACAAGACAUUCCAAGACAUAUGAAUUUUUUUUUUAUUUUUUUUUAUUCUUUAUUUUUCAUGCAUAGAUAUAGAUAACAUUUAGUCUAUUAAUGCCACAACAGCGAUUACCAUAGUUUUCAGACACAUAAAAUUACAGUUGCAUGGCAUGAGAUACUGUGCACAUUUUUUUAAGGUUAAAGACGAGUAACAUUAGCGUAUGGUAGGUUAAACAGCGUAUUUUUGAAGAGAAGAACAAAACACAAAAAAAAACCCCAAAAAACAUGGAAGUAUCUGGCUGUGUAACAUCAGCAGAUUGUUUUGAACUUGCUAAGCUAGGAAGUCUUGUGGUUAGUUUUGUUACGUUUAAAAAUUGUUAAAUAUAUGGCAUUGCAUUUCUGAGAAGGUCUAACAUGUAUACUUAUGCAGAAUUCUAACUGCGUAAAUUCUUGUUUUAGUUGAGAGUAUUUUAAAUACUUUAAAGUGAGGCAGGUUAAACAGUACAUUUUGUUGUGAAAACAUGAAAAUAUCUGGCUUUAUAACAUCAAUUGAUUAUUUUAAUCUUGCUUAGCGAAACAGGCUUAUGAUUAAUUCAAAUGUGUUGAAGGUUAUGUCAAAUACAUGGCAUUGCGAUUCUGAGAGGGUCAAUCUGUUAUACCUAUGCCAUAAUUAUAACUGCAUAUAUUCUUUCUGUUGUUAAGAGUCAAGAUAUGCCUGGCAGGUAAAAAAACGAAGAAAAAAGAAAAAUCUUUAAACAUACUGCCUAAGGUCACCCACGUUGUGUGUCAUACGUGGCUAUCGGUAGAGUAUUGCAGUAGGCUUACAGGCUAUAUAAUUACUACAUGCAAAUUGUUGAUUUGGGUGCUAAUAUACACAUGUUUGAGUACUCUGGUCUUGGAAGCCUCAAUGGGUACAAGAGAGGGUGACCAGAGGCAGGCUGGCCAAACAAACACACAUUGGUACAAAUAUGAUUAGACAUGUUCAGGCUAUAUAUUUAUGUGAGGUCUAAUGCUUGUUGCCCUUAAAAGCGGUCUAAACAUAAGAGCAAGUUGAGCAUUUCUGGUGGGUCUCGGGAUUAAAAGCAGAAAAGAAAUAAACUAAAAAUAAAGAUAAAAUAAUCCUUUUUCUUCUUUUUUCUUCGUUUUCCUUUCCCCUUUUCUAAGUAAUUGUAAAAGUAAAAAUAGUCUCCGUAUUUCCGGCCUGAGUCUGUCCACCUAGCACAGUUGGGGCAGGAACACAGGGUUGCCCGGGAGCGGGGGGAUCUUCGUUGGUAUUAGGGGGCUUUGGUCUGUGUUAUCAGGUCUCCGGUGUCCUGUCCGGCUGUGCCAGUCCUGGUUCGAGGUAGCUCGGCAGCUGUCAGAGUGUCAGUGGGUCGCAGGUUGUGUACUGUGUCCUUACCGAAGCCAGGCGGCGGAUCCAAGACUCUGACAGGUGAGUAUCUCUGUGCCUCUAUGUCGUGAUUGCUGAAUAUGUGUCCGGCGUAGAGUUUUGGGGGAUGAACGGGGCGAUCCGAUCUGGGUCCCAGGUAUGGGUGCGGUUAGGGGAGCUGUUGUUAUCCUUGUUGGCCAGUCUUGCCGUGGACAGCAAUUCUUGAGGUAGGUCCAGGAGCCGGAGGAAGGCCAGGGCGUCCCGAAUGUCCUGAAUGUUAUGCAAGUUCAAUCCUCGCUGGACUGUCAAUGCUCUGGGGGACCGCCAGCGGUAAUCAAUCUUGCGGGCACGAAGAAUUAAGGUGAGUGGCCGUAGCGACCUACGCCAGGCCAGGGUGCCGCUGGACAGGUCUGUGUAGAGUGAGAGGUCCAUGUUUUCGAAGCGGAAGGGGGUCCUGCCUCGGAGGGCCGACAGGAUCGCCACCUUAUGUCCGCUAUUGCGGAGGGUCAGGAUGACAUCUCUCGUGGCCGUGGUUGGUGCGUUUGUUGGUUUAGGGACUCUGAAGACCCUUUCUGGGGUGAGUGUUGAUUUCUGUCUUCAUGGCAGUAUUUCUAGUAACAUCCGCUCCAUUAGUUUAGGCAGUUCGGCCUCUAAUGUCCUCACGGACUCCCAUGAUUUUAAUGUUGGAAGCCCGCAUGGCGUCCUCGAGCGCCGCGAGGCGAUGUUCAUAUUGCUGGGUCUGCUGUUCCAGGGCUUGUAUGAUGUGUUGUACUGCAGCGACCUCCUGGGCCUGGGAUUGUGAGGAGCCCUCCAGUUUGGAGAUGCAACCUGUCAGGCCUUUCAAGUCUGCGCGGAGCGCUGUGACAUCCUCAUGGAAGCUGCAUUUCAGGUCCGCCAGUAAUGCCUUCAGGACCGAUUUGAUGAUCGGCUCUGUGUCUGACCCUUUGCCGCCUUGUUGUGCCUUUUGUGUUGGGUUAGGAGGCUGUGAGAGUCCCCCCUCUUCCUCAUCGGAUAUGUCCUCUGAGAAAUCCGAGCACCCACUGUGCUGAGCCGUCAUGUUUGUUUCGGAGGCUCCACUUGCUUGCAUCCACAUCUCCCCUAUUGUAAGUCCCGAGGUGGACUUGUGUGGUAUCGUUUUCUUCCCCAUUAGGUCUUGGGUUGUUUGCCUGUCAAUUGGGAUGUUAAGGGGGGGGUGGUUUCAUGCGUUUUUCUCACUUUAAGGCUCGGAGCUCCCUUAGCUUGCGUCCGUUCGCUUCAGUGUUCAAGCUCCAUCAUUUGGAUUCCACCGAAGUGAAGAAAACCAUAUACAUAGCAUAAUACUGUUUUUUUACAUAAAUAAACAGAAAUUAAUAUAGUUGGUUCACUCACACUUUGCAGAGCCACAUAUAGUAGGCUUUGACUAUUCAGGUUCUUAAGAGAAUCCCUUUCUUAAUGUCUCCACUCCACCACUCUUCAGGAUAUAGCCACUGGUGCCAGGAUACAAUCUGAUACAGCAGGUAAAAUAACGCCAAAGAGAUGGGGAUAUGUGGUAAAAUCUAAUGACCUAAGAAAUAAAAACAAUGAUAAAAAGAGCAUAAAGUGAAAAAUAAUUAAUAGCAGCACUGACGCGUUUUGACUCAUAUAGUCUUUCUCAAAGUGCAUAAAUCAUCUGUCCGACUUCCUUGUUUAUAUACCAUUCGGGUAUUCAAAUUUGGCGCCUUUUUCCUCAUUUCGUUAUCGUCCUCACUUUCCUGUUUCCGCCGGAUGGAUUCCCUUAUCUCCGCCCACAUUUGCGUCAAGUUGCGUCUGACGUCAGACGCAUUCUUCCGAUACCUGAAGUAGUAUAAGAGGUGCCACGAAGUCAGGAUCGCCAUAUUUAAAAGUCCCGGACUCAGUGUAACAUUUAAAAAACAUCCUGGCAUCCUAAUUUACAAUUAGUUAGACUUUGUUUACAAUAACAUGUACAUAUAUACUUUCCAAUUGUAGAUCUUAACAUAUUACUAACCAAAUAACCAAAUUCAACAAUCUCAUUAUCUUCUAUAUUGUCCAACAUAUAUUUAAUAACAGAUAUAUGGCAAGUGCAAUAUAAAAAUAUUAAUUCUGACAAAUGAAGGGGGAGAAUAAAUCUGAAAAAGAGGGGGGAGACCGUUAAUAUAAUAUGUUCAUAUAUAUGUUCAGCCCAAAGAUAAACUCUAUUUGAAUAAAAAAUACUUAUUUUUAGAAGACUUUCAUUAGAUUAAUAAACUCAUCUCAAAUUCCAUAUUAAGUCCAUUGGGAGAUAGUGUAUCCAAAUUAAAUAUCCAACCCAUUUCACACUUGCUCAGGGUUGAAUUAAUAUCUCCCCCUCUCCAAUGUCUAGUUACAGUCUGAAUCCCAUACAAUUUCAUUCCACCAGGGUCCCUGUUAUGUUGUUCUAAAAAGUGUAAAGAAACACUAUGGUUUUUAAAACCUCUUUUAAUGUUGUGUAUAUGCUCUCGCACCCUCGUGGCCACACAUCUACAUGUUGUUUUGCCCACAAAUUGUAAGCCACAAGGACACUUGAGCACAUACACAACAUUUUUGGUCUUACACGUGAUAAAUUUACCUAUUUUAUAUUCUUUUGAAUUAGUAUUAGACUGAAAAGACAGGAUCUUUUUUUUCUUUUAUUUGUACUGUUCUGCAUCCCAUGCAAUUCCCACAAUAAUUAAAACCUUUAAAUAAACUUUUUUGACUAGUUAUACAAUUCUUGUCCGUUUUUUCAAUAAAACUGGAUGUUAAAAUUUGUUUAAAGUUUUGGGCUCCUCUAAAUAUAAUUUUAGGUUUAUAUCCUACAUAAGGUGCAAUGUCUUCAUCCUGCUUUAAUAAGUGCCAAUUUUUAUUAAAAACACAUCACAGUUGGGAAUGAUUCUUAUUAAAGUUAAAAAUUAAUGGAAUUGUAUCCUUAUCCUUAUCUUUAUCUUCUUUCUUUUGUUGCUCUUCUAAUAAAUCUUUUCUAUUUAAUUCUCCAAUUUCCUGAAGAGUCCUGUUUAGGGCUUCCUCCUCAUUUUCCAAAAAUAGUUUUUUGAGUGAAGCAGCUUGGAGGCUGUAUUUAUCUUUUUCUGAACAGUUCCUUCUAAGUCUUAGGAACUGUCCCAUUGGAAUGUUAUCCAACCAGGGACGAAAGUGACAACUUUCCUUCUCAAUAAAACUAUUUACAUCAACUUGUUUGAAAAAUGUACAUGUCUCAAUCCUAUUGUCUUUAAUAUAAAUAUUGAGGUCUAAAAAAUCUAUUUUUUCGCUAAUAACGUUUUGGGUAAGUUUAAUAUUCCACUGGUUGGCAUUAAGAUAAGUUAAAAAAUCUAAAACGGAUGCUUCAUUCCCUUUCCAAAUAAAAAAAGAUAUCAUCGAUAUAUCUUCUAUAUAGGACCAGGCUCGCUACCCAGUCAUGCUGGGAGAAAAUGUGAUUUUCCUCCCAGUGGGCCAUAAAUAAAUUUGCAUAACUGGGAGCGAACCUGGUACCUAUAGGUGUGCCUCUACAUUGCAGAUAAAAAUCCCCCUCAAACCAAAAAAAAAUAUUAUUUAAAAUUAGUUGAAUAGAUUCCAAGAUAAAAUCAAUUUGGUCCUUAUGAUAUAUUUCGGAGGUCUGUAGGAAAAGUUUUAAAAAAUAUGAAAUGGGAAGAGAACUUUUUAUUGGUUACGUGUGACGUAACUAGUCAUUAUACAUGCAUCCAACACGAAAGAGGUUGUGAGGCAGUGAGACAUUUCCUACAGACCUCCGAAAUAUAUCAUAAGGACCAAGUUGAUUUUAUCUUGGAAUCUAUUCAACUAAUUUUAAAUAAUAUAAUUUUUUCUUUUGAGGGGGAUUUGUAUCUGCAAUGUAGAGGCACACCUAUGGGGACCAGGUUCGCCCCCAGUUAUGCAAAUUUAUUUAUGGCCCACUGGGAGGAAAAGCACAUUUUCUCCCAGCAUGACUAGGUAGUGAGGCUGGUCCUAUAUAGAAGAUAUAUCGAUGAUAUCUUUUUUUAUUUGGAAAGGGAGUGAAGCAUCAGUUUUAGAUUUUUUAAUUUAUCUUAAUGCCAACCAGUGGAAUAUUAAACUUACCCAAAAAAUUAGUAGCGAGAAAAUAGAUUUUUUUAGACCUCAAUAUUUAUAUUAAAGACAAUAGGAUUGAGACAUGUACAUUUUUCAAACAAGUUGAUGGUAAAUAGUUUUAUUGAGAAGGAAAGUUGUCACUUUCGUCCCUGGUUGGAUAGCAUUCCAAUGGGACAGUUCCUAAGAAAAAGAUAAAUACAACCUCCAAGCUGCUUCACUCAAAAAACUAUUUUUGGAAAAGGGCUAUGAGGAGGGAGCCCUAAACAGGACUAUUCAGGAAAUUGGAGAAUUAAAUAGAGAACAUUUAUCAGAAUAUCAACAAAAGAAAGAAAGAAGAUAAGGAUAAGGAUACAAUUCCAUUAAUUUUUAACUUUAAUAAGAAUCAUUCCCAACUGAGACGUGUUUUUAAUAAAAAUUGGCACUUAUUAAAGCAGUUUUAAUAAAAUAGCUCAAAGAUUUAUAUAUUUGCUACUGCACAAGUUCAUUUCUAUCAAGUAUAAUAUAUUUAAGCUGAGUGGUUAUUGUUUUAUAUUUUUAUUAUUUUUAUUUUUUUUAGAGUUGAUUCUGCGUCUCACUCGAAGAUCGCACUACUCAAAUCAUACCAGGAAAUUAACAUAGUUGAAAUUCUGCCCUAUCACCAGUGUGACUCAAGGUCAAAGGCCCAGACAGAUGAUCAUACAUGUGUGGUAAACCUCCAGAGUCAGCAUAUCCUGUCAAGGCUGGCAGUGUAUUUGACAGGUAAUGUUACUGAUUAUCUUUGUGUUACACAGUAAUCUUCUCUAAUCAUGUAAUUUAAUAUAUUCUGGCAGUGUUUUUCAAUAAUUAAAGGAACACUAGAGCAUCCCGUAUCUGUCAGUAUGACCGAGGAAAGUUAAACCUGCAAAAUAAAUAUUGCCAUAACUACAGAAAAGCAAUGUUUUCAUUGCAGGGUUAAAAUAGAGGGGUGGGGGAGGGGAGAGGGCAGCAGACAACUUCAUCUCAAUGAAAUGCUCUGGGUACUUGGAGCAGGUGUUCCCCUAGUCCUCCUGACUGGAAGAGAACCCAAUCAUAAGCUUCUGGGGUUCUUGAAAGAGAUUGUACCUCUAGAUCUUCCUCCUCUGUAUCCAAAUUGACUACUUCUCCAAGCUUGGGAUCUCCCGUAUUCUCUUCCAGGUCUGUAUGAUCUUUUGUCUUGAUAGGAAAAACCUUCUGAAGAUCUUUUGUUGUGGAAGGGGAGCUUGGUUCUCCUAUCCUGGGUUAAGAAUGAUUUUCUGCCCUCUGCUGCUACAUUUGUCCAGGUUCUUUCCAAAUAUAUCUCCAUGGACAGAGGGGCAGGGCAGAGCGCACAAGCUAUUCUUAGAGGAGGAAUCUGCAGACCAUGAUCUAAGGACAGAUAAAUCUGAGUUUCUAGAUAAGGUUCUAACUAUAUCCACAGCUGCUUCAGAAGAAAAAUCCAAUGCCAGCUUAAUGUCCUUAAGGCUGUUUAUCAUAGAAGAUCUGUUUUUGCCAUCUCUUCCUCUAGAUUAUCCAUCCAUAGCUUUAAUGCUCGUGUUACCGAUGUAAGUGCUACUGCAGGGUGAAGUCCUGUACCUGCUGUUAAGCUCUUGACCGAUUAGCAUCCAUCUUUCUGUCCAUAGGAUCUUUAAAGGAACCUGCAUUGUCUACAGAAAGAGUACUGCGCUUAGCCUGCCUUUCAACUGCAGCAUCUACUUUGAGAGCAGAAUACCAUGUCUCAGAGACCUUACGGCAUAUAGGACAGAUCCCCAUUGAGAAUUUAUUUUCAAAAUUGAACCGUGCAUCUGUAUUUAAGUCUUUUAUGGUGUCAUGAACUGGAAAUGAAGCCCUCUUCUUUCUGAGGCCUAAGAAGAAGCGGCUGGAAGUAGACGGUUCCUCCUUAUUAGCUUCUUUUAAGCUCAAAUCCUUGCGGACCCUAGAAAUUAGAUAAUCCACUUUAGCUGGUUCAAUAAACUCCAGGACAGGUUGUACUUCCUACUCUGAAGAAGAAGCCAUGUCUCUGUAAGAUUCGAUAUCUUAAUCCCUUGUGAGACACCCUGCCCAAUGAAUUGCAUAAUAUCCGGAGAUGGCCUCACAUUGGGUCCUUUUUGUCGACUUAACUUUGGACGAUUCUGAUGCUCUUUUCCCCAUAGAACUGCCAUGAUAGGGGAGCAAUUAGUAUGCACUCUUUUAUUUAGGAGACCGUAUUCAAAGCGCCACUGCACAGCACUCAUGCAUAAGAGAAAAAUGGCAGCCGUCCACUCUGCUCUAAACUCUGGGAGGCCGCUGAAUCUGCAGUUCUUCUUAGAAGCUCCAAGGCACCAGUUUUAUGGGAAAUUUGUAGCCACAAUAGUCUCUUGUAUUGUUACUUUCCUGGCUUUGAAUGAGUUUAUAUAGAAGGUUUUUUUUGAGUAAACGCCAUAGAUUACAGGAGCCGUGCUGACAUGUGGCCAGCUAGCAUGGCGGUCCGGCUCCACCCCACCCCCCUAUCAUACCCCAUUUUGAAUACACUGGGUUGUCUGUUUCUUCAAAUGGUAUGCCAUGAUGGGGGUAAUUCUCAAUGGCACCAUAACCAAUCUGGCAAUGAGCAAAAGCGGAAAUGGGCAAGUCUUAUUUUUGACCCUCUAACUGUCCAAAACACCUGGAAAAUUAAAACCUGGACAUUGGGGGUACAGUUGUAUUUGCGAGACAUUACUGAACACAAAUAUGAGUAUUUUAGAAAAACUAAAACUAUAAUGAAAAGGGCAGUUUAUUUGUGAGACAUGCAAAAAAUAUUAAUGCCAUUGUUUGUGACUAAGUGGCUACUAAGAAAGAGUGGAGUCUACUUUUCCAAAUGGUAUGCCAUGAUGGGGGUAAUUUCCAUUCCUGGUCUGCCAUAUGGUCUGAAAUGCAACAUAGACAAUCUGGCAAAAUCCAAAGUGUAAAAACUGUAAAAUCCCAUAAAACCUGUACAUGGGAGUACACCAUUGUACUCAUGAGACAUUGCUGAACACAAACUGCUAAAAGCUAGCAGUAUUAUGACAGUCUCUGUUAAAAUGCCACACAGAACUAAGACAAUUUCUUAAUUUCUCACUCAAUAAAAACUAGUUUUUAUUCCGAUGAAAUUAUGUUUCGGAUAUAAAUAUUUGAUGUGAAAUGAAAGCCAUAUUUCUACUGAACAAAAUGAUGGAAGUGUGGGUGCACUUAAUAUGAUAGAGGUGAAUUAUGGAUGAACAGACAUAGUCAAAUUCUAGGGUUUGCCUUGAUUUUGUUUUGAUCAGAAUGUGUACACUUGCUUCCGUUUUAUGGGUUUACAAAAAACCAAAAAAACAAACCCAAUAACUAUUAGGUUAUACUAAAUUCUAAAUCUAAAUGCAGUAUUUCAGAACUCCUAACCACAAAUGAUUUGGAAGUUCUGGAAUAUUUUCUACUUAUCUCAUGACAUCUUGCUUUGGGUUUAGUAAAGUUAAUUGGUAUGUUACAGUGUAUUUUUCUAUGUGCCUCAUUUUACUCCUGGAGAUAAGCUGCAGGGUGUUUUCCUUUUUUUCUUUUUUUUUUUUUUUUAAAGGAAAAAAUGUGAUCAUGUAAUUUUAAUAGAAGAACAAAAACCUAGAGCAAAUAGUUUCUGUGAAGCCCAUCCCAUGUUUCCCAUUGCUUGUAUAGUAAUAUCUUUGGUCUUUCUGUUCAGACAAACCGAGCUCUGUGGCAGAGGAGUUGGAGCAUAAAGGAAUUCUUGUGUUUGAUGUGGACACGUUCAUCAGAAAAAUCCAGGAACUGGAUUUACAAGUUCGUGUUUCAUCUUGGUGAGUAACUUUGAAGUCAAUGUCUCUAGGUGCUGGCUAACUUUUUUUCAUAUAUCUAAUGAUAAAGUGCUGGACUUUAAUUCUGCUAAUUGGGAAUACUGCUAUUUCUGGGAAGAGAUCAGGAAUGGUGAGCUGUCAGUUGGCAUACAUUAUACAUAUGCUGAUGCCCAUGCAGGUUUUGAUGUCACUGAGCAGUGUGUGCGGUGAAAAUAAACUGAAACCUAUUGAUCAGUAAUGAUACAUGUCCAUUUUUAAUGUUGACUGGCCACAAAACAUUAAAAUUAAAUGUUGGAGUGUUUUUAAUGGACAAAAAUAUAAACCAUGUUUGAUUUAGAUGAUUAAAAUGUUUAAGCACAUACAGAUAUUAAGUCUACAUUAAUUGCAACAGUGAGAAGCUGUCACAUUAACGUGAGAAUUUUAACAGUGUUGUAACAAGAUAAUGAAUGCUUGCUGUUUGCAUCAUUGUAUGGCACCACUGACAUUUGUGUCUGUAUUGAUGCACACACUCCCUCUCCUAUAUAUUUCCACUAACAGUACAUUUUAUUGACCUUGUGUACCUCUGUAACCCUUGAUCUUGGCUUGUCUAAUCGACCAGUAUACCUCUGUUUCACUGAGUGUAAUCAUUAUCAUUUAAUGCUGAUUUUAAUACUUUAUGAAAUAAAAGUAUGUACAGUUGCAAUCAAAAUUUACAGACUUUCAGGUCGGAGCUUGACUGCCAUGCAGCUCAGACGUGUUCAGCAAGAGCUCCCACCUCAGGCUUCAGUUAUUGUGGACUAUUCCCGGUCCACUCACCCUAAUUAACUGCAGCCUGCAUCUUUCCUGUUCACAGAAUGACGCUGUACCUGGGGACACCAGUCACGACGAUCUCCUCCGCUGAACUCCCCAACUCGAGGCUUGCGGCCUAUGCUUGUUGGAAACUAUGCAAUGUAAAUGGAGAUAAUAAUAACCAAGGGGAGACGGACACUCACCCGGUUCACAGGCUAAAGGUGUGGUCCCCACAUAGUGCUACCUCACACCAGACCAUCGGGGGUUAUCCCGGUCCCCACUGAGUGCUACCUCACCCCAGACCAUCGGGGGUUAUCCCGGUCCCCACUGACCCACUCUGCAUACCCUGACCAGCUGCAGGCAGCUAUAAUGGCGCAGGCACCAACCACAGCAACAACCUGUAAGAUGGCGGUCACGCUUGCCGAGCAGAAGCCCACGUGGUCGGCACCAGCCCGGGAGAGCGCAAUGGAUACUCUAACAUAGCACAUCGACACAACUUUCAAUUGUUUCUGUGCAAAAUAGGAGGCUUAUGUUAUGGAGGAGAAAGCUCGGGGCUGGAGUGAUAAGCGGAGAGGAGAUGAGCAGGGAGUAGGCAGGCCCUCUCUGGGCAAAACUACUAUGCGACAGCUUGUACCUGCAUACACUGGCCCAUCUGUCCUGAGAGCCCUAAGGGAGGUACUCCCUCGGCAUCGUCCACAGAGGCUGAAGCCCCAACGCUGCAGGUAGUGAAGAAACACCCGGAGCUUCUGCUAUCCCCAUUCUGGGAAGGAUUUGGACUCUAACAUGAGCUCCUGAGUCCAUGGAUCGGAGAUGCGUGCUCUCAUCAGGGCCUGGGUCAGGAGGGAAGCUGAUCUCUGCACCUGGCUGACACCCCUCCACAGCUGUUUCUACAGGCUCCCGAGUACUGGUGUUGGCUGAGUCUGGACUCACUUUGCAGGACUGGUCCCCAGCUACGCUCGGCUGUUAUCUACUGGGCCUAUGCCACCAUCCCACGUUCCUAUGCCAUUAAUUCUCUAUCCUUACACUAUUUUAACGUUGAGUUCUUAUUAUUAUUUUUCUUUAUAUGUAUAAAAGGUGCAGUGCAGCUGUGGCAUAGAGGAUCUACACAGGGCUCACUUUAACCCCUUAAGGACACAUGACAUGUCCUGAUUCCCUUUUAUUCCAGAAGUUUGGUCCUUAAGGGGUUAAGUGGUAGCCUCGGUAGCGUGCGGGGGUAUGGGGACUAUAUAUUUUGUUAGUAUUACAGUUACUCCUGAAAUGCACAGUUUAGCACAGUUACUAGUUUAUCUUGUCUUGUGCCUACAUGCCUAACUAGUCAUACAUAUCUGCAGCUCUGAUCUACAUUUGACUUGUUUACCUAGGACAGUAUGGAUUGGCCUGCUUUAUAUCCAAUAGCUAGACCAAUCGGAAAAGCCAGCUACGUUAGCUCAAUUUACUUCACAACACUGUGCACUCAGAAGUGUUUACCUAGCCUGAUAUCUGUUACAUUAUAAAAUUGUGCGGUACCACCAAAAUGCCAUAUAACGCAACAUUCUUGAAUGUAUAUGACAUUAUGCAAAGUGUUAUCUGAUGUUCUUGUACAUGCUAUCGUGGCAUUGCAAGACUUUGUUCUCUUGUGCAGAACAAAAAUAAAGAGAGAGAUAAUCUGUCCGAUGGCCAAAGUUGCAGUUAAAAAAUAACUUUUAAUACAAUUGUUAAACAGCUAGUAAGACUAAAAAUAGCUCAAGUGAAUAACCUAAAGUGAAGUGAACCCCAAUGAUUGGGAGUUGGGGGGCAGUUAGUAUACAAAGAGUAAAGGUGGUGAAAUAUAUACACAAGGAUUAUCGGCUAAUAAUUGUCAAGAGUGGGCAAUAAAAAAAACUAGGAUGUUCUUUCCACAGAAGUAAGAGCUAGUAGCUGAUAAAGAUACCAAUUACUAUGUUGCAAAAGCUUCCCUGAUUUAGUCUCAUUGGGACAAAGUAUCGAAGUUACCUAGCUAUUAAGGCUUAUUUUCUCUCUGGGUUUUAUUGGCAUAUCUUUCUACUAUUAUCAUCUUUAGUUAUUAUUAUUGUUUUUUCUUGCAAAUAUCAUUGUUAGUGGUUCUCCCCCCACCUUUUGGGCUAAUGUAUCUUACUUAAUUACUGUAUAUACUUUCAGUAACCUUGCUACAGUAAUACAUAAUUCUGACACCUUCAGGUUUUUUAUACCUGACCUGGUAACUUCGAUACUUUGUCCCAAUGAGACUAAAUCAGGGAAGCUUUUUCAACAUAGUAAUUGGUAUCUUUAUCAGCUAAUAGCUCUAAACUCCCUCCCCCCCCCACCCCCCCAAUCUCCCCAUUAUUGGGGUUCACUUCACUUUAGGUUAUUCACUUGAGCUAGUUUUAUUCUUACUAGCUUUUUUAACAAUUCUAUUAAAAGUAAUUUUUUAAAUGCAACUUUGGCCAUCGGACAGAUUAUCUCUCUCUUGUUCUGAAUUUAGCUUUAAGGGUUACCCCCUACAUUAUCUGUCCUUCUGAUACCCCAUAUGCUUCUACCUUCUUCAACUAACAAAAAUAAAGAUUUACCAAAAAUUCUUUUUUACAGACUUUGAGCUCUUUGCAAUGAACAAAUCAAACAAAAGCAUUUGAAAUUGCUUAAUACAUUGAAUGUUACAAGAGGUUUACACAAAUUCAACUGAAAAUGCAACGUAUCAUGACUUCUCUAGUCUCAAAAUUAUUUAACCCCUGAAUAGAAUCCCUCACAAGAGCACAAAUACGCAAAAUAGGUGUUGUCUCAAGCACACCUGAUGCAACCAAUCAAUCUUUAUUAGUUGCACCAGGUGUGCUUGAGCUGUAACACUUGAAAUGCCUGAACUGGCUAGGGGUUUGUUGAGUCUCACAUUUGACUGCAUGUUAGAAAUAUGGCUAAAUCGAAAGAAUGGUUCACAAAGUUAAGAGAAUUGAUCAUCGCCCUACUUAAAAAGGAACAGGAUGCUAAAAAAUAGCGAAGGUGCUAAAUAUUCCUACAGACACUGUUGGAAGCAUAGUCUGUACAUUCAAAGUUGAAGGAACAGUGGUUACACUUCCUGGACAGGACAGAAAAUGGAAGCCAUCAAUGGCCGCAACCAGAUGUUUGAAAAGACAGGUUGUGAAAAACCCUCUAGUGACUGAAAAAAACAUGCAGCAAGGCUUGGUGGCAACAAGCACUGAGGUUUCCAUGAGCGCAAUAGAUUUCAAUGCAACAACUCCAGUUGUACACCGCUACUGACCCAAAACACAAGAAGAAUCAUCUUCAAUAUGCUCAAAAUCAUAUAAAUCAAUCACCGAAGUGUUAGAAUUCUGUUCCUGGAGUUAUAAAACUAAACAGGAACUUUUCAGGCCAAUGGAUCAGCGGUAUGUCUGGAAGAAGAAGAAUGAAGCAUACACUGAAAUGAACUCUCUACCUACAGUUAAGCAAGGUGGUGGCUCGGUGAUGCUUUGAGCCUUCUUUGUAUCCUCUGGUACUGGAAACCUGCAGUGUGUGGAAGGCAAAAUUGAUUCAUUGAUGUAUCUGGAAGCUGAAGCUUGGGUGUCAUUGGACCUUCCAACAAGACCACGAUCCCAAGCAUACCUCAAAUUCCACCAAGGCUUGGUUGCAGAAGACGUAUUGGAAAAUUCUACAGUAGCCAUCACAGACACCUGAUUUAAACCCCAUUAAAAAAAUAAUAAUUCUGGUGGGAUUUGAAGGUGGUGGUUGCAGCACGCACACCCGAGAAUAUUACUAAACUGGAGACCAUUUCUCAUGAGCAGUGGGCUAAGAUUCCACAGGAAUGCUGCUAAAAGCGUGUCUGGCUGUUCAUCUCAUGCACAGCAAGUCAUAACAGCAAAGGGAUGCUCUACUAAGUACUAAAGAAACUUGCCAUGAAGGGCUUGAAUAAUGUUCAGACUGGAUAAGUCAUUAUAAAUUGCAUUUUCAGUUGAAUUUGGUAAAACCACUUGAAGCGUUAGUUGUGUUGAGCUAUUUCAAUUGCUUUUGUUUGAUUUAUUUAUUGCAAACAGCUGAAAGUCUGUACAUUUGACAAUACACCUAAUCUUCUAUGGGGGAUUAAAUAAUUUUGAUUGCAACUGUAUUCUUUAUGCUUUUCACUGUGGAUGUAAUAAUCUUAUAACUAUGUGGAAGCAUUCACUUAUUUAACUUGAUGAUUGUUUAUUUUUUAUUCCUUUUUUAUUUUCUUAAUUCUAGGUCAUGAAACAUCAGAAAAUCACCAUCAGAUUCACGUGAAUGAAGAUGGGUCAAGAUUGUCAACUUGAACUGUAUAUAUAUUAUUUUUAAUUAUUUAUUUUAUCUGUUCAGUUUCAGAAUGCAGAGAUAUAAAAUGUCAUUGUAGAUGAUUGGUAUUGUUAAACCGUAAACUUGUGUUGCUCACCUUUGUACGCAGUCUAUGGGGAUAACCAGAGGAAUAGGGUGUGUAUUAUACUGCACAAUAUAAAUAAUUGGACACCAAAGAGAUUUGGAAAUUUUGUAAUUCAGCCCAGUCUCUCUAAACACUGAAAAAAUGAAUGGGGGAAAUGAAGAUGAUAUUCAGUGUUUUUUUUUUUUUUGUUUGUUUUGUUUUUUAUAUAUAUAUAUUUUUAAUAACUAAGUUAUUUGCUUUUCAUAGGAAAGAUAAAUAGGAAAUAGCAAAGCUAUAAUUUAUUUUUUUGCAGAGUGUUGUAUAAAUAAUCAACCGUUGGAAUUUGGUAUGUUGUUUCACAUCUUGUGAAUAUUUGCCAUUUCUUUGUUCCAUUAUUAAGCAUUUUAUGCACAGGCCUCUCUGCACAGAGAAGCUAUUCUAAAUAGCUUAAAAGCUAUAUGUUAAAGCAAACUGUGUAUUUUACACUGCAAAAUGUCUGUCUUAUAACAUGUAUACAUACAUAUAUAUAUAUAUUUUAAGCUUUUCUUUUUUCUAAUGUAUCUCAUUGAAAUGGUAUCGGUAUUCUCUGUAAAUAGUGUCAAAUACAAUCCUAGGGUGCAUAUUUCUGCAACUAAUCCUUUUUCUACCGGAAAUUGUACAAUAGAAACAGUAGCAUUGUUGCUAUAUUUGCUAAAUAGACUUGUUUUGAAGAUUUGUAACAAUUUUAUAAAUAAAAUAUACUAGCUUAAGUUAGUCAAUGUUAGUGUAUGUAUUAAACUAGCUAAUGCACACACAAUAUUCUGAAAUGUAGUUGUCUUCAUUUGACCGUUAUCACUUUUAGUUGACAUACCAAUGCAAGUGAAAAAUGCAGCAUCAAGCUAUCUAUUUUAAUUGCUUUGGCAUACAUUAUAAUGGAACUGGUUUCUUAGUAAAGAUACAAGUAUAAUGAAACUGAGAUAAGCACAAAAUCAAUUCCUGUUUUGAAUAUUUACUCUAUAUGUUUGCAAUAAAC